GUGUGUGGUGUUUUUUUCCCUUGCCGCGCCCGUCGCCUCUCUCCUCUUAAUCUCAGGCCUCAGUCAGGCCUAGCCCACUGACGGUGCGCGCGCACCCGCCCGCUCGCGCGUUCUUUCUUUCUCUCCGUCCCUCCUCUCUCCUCCCCCCCCCCAGCCCGCCCCGCUCCUCCUCCUCCCUCAGCCCCGCCCGCGCGACCGGCGUUCGUUUCAGCGGGGCCGCUUGGCAUCUUACCGGCUCCCAAGAUGGCGUCCAUCAUGGAAGGCCCGCUGAGUAAAUGGACCAACGUGAUGAAAGGCUGGCAGUACCGCUGGUUCGUGCUCGACUACAACGCGGGGCUGCUCUCCUACUAUACGGUGCGUGUCGAGGGAGGGGGGGCAAACCGGGAGGACGGAGCUGUGGGGGUGGGGGGGGCGAAGCGGAGCACAGCCAGGAUGCCCGCUUGCCAGGGGUAGGGGUUUCUGAGAGAGGGAGUGUCGCGGUCGCGAGGAAGCCAAUAGGGAUGGCAGAGAUUUUGGCGCUAGCCAAUAGGGUGGUAGCGUUGGGAGAUUUAUGUGGAGGGGGGCGUGGGGUCGGGCCGCGUUUUAACUUGAGGCGACUGAAGUGGGGUUUUUUGUGGGGUGGGGGGAGCCGAAGGGCCUGGUGGUGCUAAGUGCUCUUUACUUUGUGAAAGGGGGAGGCGGGUCUCAAAAGCACAAGCCUGUUUUGGGUCUGGGGGCGGGCAAGCUGUACUCUCCUUGCUUGAGGAAAGAGGGGUUGACUCCUUUUGGCAAGCGAGGUAGAGCUUCCGCGUGAUAAACGUUGGCAGCCAAGGCUGCUUUUGUGCCGCAUUUGAAGGCGGAAUCCAACCAUUCCUCUCUUUCAAAGUAGGGAUAGACCAGAAAAGGGAAGUAGCAGUAACUUUCUCCCCCUCUCUGUCAGAUGGUGACUCCAUCCUGAGCACCCAAACUUGAGAGCAAGUUUCAUUGACGUUAGUAAACAAACAAAACACAGGCUCUGCUUAUGGUCUUGCCCAUUACUGUGUCUACUUCAGGGGAGACAUCUUGAUAAUUGAAAUCUGCACAGCACAGGGGAUUAAUUAAAAGCGUAAAGAGUUGUUUGGCAGGAUCAGACACAAGGUUGAACUACUGAGGCACACUUUCUGCAGCUUACAAACAGGACAUUAGGGACAAAACAAUAGAAGAUGUCUGUUUCGCAGUCUAUACCACACUAGUUACACUGUAUCUUUGAAAAUACAGUAACACACGAAUCUGGUGUUUACUAUGUAACAAUUUUGGCCUUAAAACAAAGUUUGAAUAGGUUUAAUUCAGUAAAUUGUUUAAGAUUCAGUUAAAUUGAGUGUUGCUGCUUCGGAUAGUAGUAGUCUUUGAUAGCGGUAAACUUUGCAAGUUAGCAGGUGCUUUGUGCGGUAAAACUUCUCAUUAGCACACAACUUGUUUAAUCCAAAUUUAUUUUAUGGUUUCAAUUAGAACAUUAUAGACAGGCAACUUGUUCAGGGUUAGUCAUAGGUAGCAGUCUUUUAACACUUAACUGGGAGUAAUUUGAGCUCAAUACGCUUUUGUUCUGAGUUGACAUGUAUAGAAUUGCACUUGUUUUGUUUUUACUUAGUUGCCACUUGAAACAUUUACCUUUUCUUAAUAAUCACCAAUGCAGUAUACUAUAUGAUUUUUUGUGUGUGUGAACAAUCUUAAGGCAGAGGCAGGGGUUAUUAGCUUGUGUAUGGGGGGGCGUUCUUAUUUUUAUUAUGUAUUUUUUAUGUUGUUGUUUUUAUGUUUAUGAGAUUUAUGGAUGAAGGACAGUAUAAAAAUUAAUAAAAUGAAGUAAAAUAAACAAGCCAUAGUAACUGCAAGGUCACUCUAUUGCUUCUUACUUAUUAUUGCCGAAAGGUGAUCUAUAAAUAUACUGAGUUCAAUGUGACUUAAAAUAAAAAUAAAUAAAAAUAAUUAAUUAAUAAAAACCAAUUCAAGUCUAAGAAGCAACAGGGAAAACUUCUAAUCACAUAGCAGCAGCAUGGGAUAAACCAGUCUUUCCCAAACUUGAGUCUUCAGCUGCUUUUGGUCAACAAUUCCUACCAUCCUUGACCACUGGUCUUGCUAGCUAGGGAUGAUGGGAGUUGUAGUCCAAAAACAGCUGGAGACCCAAGUUUGGGAAACACUGGGAUAAGCAGUGUUAGAAUAAACAACAGAGGAAUACAAAUAACUUAAUCUAGCUGCAGAAGUUACAGUGAAUAAGGUAAGUUUUAUUACCACUCCCUCUGAGAAGAGAGAAUGUGCCUGCCAAAAUUUCAGUGGGAAGGAAUUCCAACCACAACAGAAAAAAAAACCUGUUGCGGGCAGCCUGGCAUCUUGACUAAGCUGGAGACUGGGAUUGGUUAGUAACAUUUAAGACUAUGACAUGCUAUAAGUUUGAUCAUGUGAGUGUUAGGUGGAAAUAUGAGAUUACCAUUGUGGUCUUUGGUUGAAAUAGAGGCAUCUGUGUAUUUUAAGGCUUACACCAUAGAAUUGCCAUAUGGGUUUAGUUCUGGUGACUGAAGUGGGGUGGGUAAAGCAGUAGGAAUGUCCAGUCCUAAUACUUUAAGAAUAGAACAUGAUGAUAGCAGCUAAGUUUUGAGGUAGAAUUUUGAAGUUUGGGCAGAUGAGCUAGUCCUUGGGGUCAUAUUGGGAAAUUAUAAUAUGUAUAUUGAGAGGGAAGAUAAUCAUUUAGGGGGUAAUAUUUCAGAUAAAAGCGUUCUUAAAGAGAGUUGUCAGCAACUUUACUGGCAGAUGCUUUUUGCUUUGAGUGUGCAACAAGUUAGCAUGUAAGAGCUGCCACUUCUUAUGAAUGAUAAUAUAUCGCUGUGAAAAUGUAGAGAUUCUUAUUGUUAUAUAACAAGGGCAAAGAACCUGUGCUAGGAAGAGGUGUUACGGUACUUUAAAAAUAGGACUAACAUUAAAUUCCUGCUGCAGUAGUGCAAGAGGUAUGAGGGGCUGCAGUUCUCCAAUAUGGAUGCAGGAACCAUUAAUAUCACUUCUUAAUUUAGAUGACCCUUUAUUCUCCCCCCUCCCCAGAUUUUUCCAACAGGAUGUGAAUGUACUGCUGUACAUUUCCUUACAAAGUCUACACCAAUGCCUUGUGACCUUAGAGUGAGGGUGGGUAAUAAAUUGUAAUAAUAAUAAAUUAAGUUGCCACAUUUAAAUACAGCCUUUCUGUCAAGACACUCAAGGCAUUUUUACAAUCUUGGAGUAUUAAGACAAACAUGUAAAGUUGGGUGUGGGGAGAGGACAGUCGGACUGGAGCAGACACUGAUGUUGUCUCUGCUUCUUUCCCUUGCAUUCUUCUUCCUCCCAAGUAGGAAUAUUAUAAGGAACAAUUAACAUAGUGGGUAUGGAGUAGUAUUGUGUGGCUUCCUUUCUGGGUGCAUGAAUAUAAGAGACUAAGGAUGGAGAUCUGGAGAUCUGUGUUUUGGUGUUCUGCUCUUGUGCUAGUACUGUACAAAGAGCUCAAUUUGCACAUAACUCUUAAGCCAUGGUUUGUUGAGCACACAAACCCAGCCCAACAAACUAAGCAUGAUUUGUUUUCUAUCAGCAAACAACAUUGUGGAGACACGACUUGUUGGCUUACAACCCAUGGCUUGUUUUAACUGUGGUUUUAGCGUUACUGCCAAACCCAGCAGCCUUGCUUAAUCAUGGUUUGUUUCAUCAUUGCACCUCAGACACUCACCAAACUACAAAGGCAUGACGCAAGAGCCACUGGAAAACAAACUAAACUUUCAAGAAAUAAGAUGUGACUUGUUCAUUCAUCUGUGAGAUGGUUCAUGGUUUCUUCAACAAACCAUGGUUAAAAUAGCAGUCACGGUGAUUCAUUGCCUGAAGUAAAGCUGUAAAAGUAUUUGCCUUGAUGUUGGCUUGUGAAUAUAUUCACUUUGCAGGCAAACAGUUCAAAUAUGCUUAUGUUUCAAACUCAUAUACACUGUUUAAAAAUUUGAAUUUGCCAACAUGAUGCAGUGUGAUUGUCUUUAUCAUAGUUAUUGUAUCUUUUUUCUUAAGGUGUAUGAGCUUUGAAUAGGAAGGCUCUUCUGAAAUAAAAAGAAUUUAAUGUGAGGAUAUGUUCACAAUAUGUUGCUUUCUAAUUGAAUUCAUUGCUUUCCAAUUGAAACUUAAGAACAUAAGAACAACCCUGCAGGAGUAGACCAAAGGCCUGCCUAGUUUAGUUUAGUUUCCUGUUUCCCACAGUGGCCAACAAGAUGCCUAUGAGAAGCCCACAAGCAAGACAUGAGGUAACAGCUCUCUCCUGUUGCUGUUCCCCAGCAGCUGGUAUGCAGAGGCAUGUCAUCUCUGACUCUGGAAGUGGUAUAUUGCCAUCAUGACCAGCAGACAUUGAUAGUCUUAGCCUCCAUUAAUUUGAGUUAGAGCUUAAUUGGGUGAUCCUGAAUUCUAGUAUUACAAGAAAGAGAGAAUAACUUCUCUCUAUUCCUUUUACAUGUAUAUUCUUUGUCCAAAAAUUUCAGGUUCUGCAGAACAUUAAAUUUUCAUCAACAAAAGAACAGGCAAGCAUAGUGGGUAAAUGUAAACUCACCUGGUCUUUAUAAUUUUGCUGAUGUUGGGGUGUUAAAGGUAUAGCUCAUCUUAAACCAUUCCAUGUACUUUGGAGAACACUGAAAUUGCCAUUUCUAUGAGUUCAUAAGGGAAAAUGGAAAUGCCUGAGAAAAUAAAGUGAGCAAACCCAAUGGCUGAAAGAGUCAUUAAGCAAAACUCUAUUUCAUUGCCAGCUGUAACUUUUAGUUCUGGUUUAAUUUUUUUGCCCCAGGGAUCUAAAUUUUCAGGGGGGAAAUGUACAAAGAAUUUAAUUGUAUAAGAGAAAUACAUCAAGAUCAAUUUAGGCUUUCUUCUGUACACAUUGCUGUAGAACAACAACCUCAUUAUGUCUUGUACACAAAACUGGAAACAGAGAACUCCACUGCAGGUUUUAGAUAGAGUUUCUUUCUGUUUCAGCAAGAUGCUCCUUUGCCACAAAGGAAAAUAAGCAGUGUACUGUUUACAUAAAUCUUCUGCAUGAGGUAACUGCAUUCCAUUCUCAUUUGGUACCUUGGACUCUCCCUCUGCUUGCAAUAAGUAACCUGAUACUUCACAUCUGUUCAAAACAAGAUUCUUGGUGAGCUUGUUUUACAGACAAAAGUAUAAACGUCUGUUAGGAAAUCAGAUGUGCACACUUCUGCACUGGAUAAUCUUUGCGAUUUGCUUUCAGUCCUCAACAAAUUGGGGGUUGCAAGGAAUCCUGAAUGGGAGGGGGCAGAUAAGCAUUUUGGCAAGCUCUCGCAUAAUGCAGUAGUAUGAGCCUGGUGAGCCUGGGGUUAGAUGAGUAUCUUCCUGCUCAUGUAGGCCUGAACUUUGGUAAUUAAGUGCUGUAAAGGUAAAGGGACCCCUGACCAUUAAGUCCAGUCACAGACGACUCUGGGGUUGCGGCGCUCAUCUCGCUUUACUGGCCGAGGGAGCCGGCGUUUGUCUGCAGACAGCUUCCGGGUCAUGUGGCCAGCAUGACUAAGCCGCUUCUGGCGAACCAGAGCAGUGCAUGGAAACGCCAUUUACCUUCCUGCCAGAUCUAUUUAUCUACUUGCACUUUGGAGUGCUUUCGAAUUGCUAGGUUGGCAGGAGCUGGAACCAAACAACAGGAGCUCACCCCAUUGCGGGGAUUCGAACCACCGACCUUCUGAUCGGCAAGUCCUAGGCUCUGUGGUUUAACCCACAGCGCCACCCGUGUCCCAAUUAAGUGCUGUAGUGUAUCGUAAUUACUGUAUAGUGUUGACAGCUAAGGUUUAUGGCUACUGCUUGCAAAAUGUGAGAAGUAUGGACAUGAUAGGAUAGUAUAUGGAGGAUACCCUCUCCUCCUGUCUUCCAACUCCUAUCUUUCGUGCUUUUCCUUUGCACGUAGCCAGAUGGGCCACAUUGCCUCCGUGUAACUACUAGUGUAACUGGGAUAGCUCAGCCAUGAGAGCAUGAGACUCUUAAUCUCAGAGUGGGUUUGAACUGCCUGGUGGGCAAAAUAUUCCUUCAUUGUAGGAGGUUGGACUAGAUGACCCUCAUGGUCCCUUUCAACCCUCCUAUGAUUCUAUGAUACUCUUAUUGUGAUAGUUCAGAGUGAUAGGGAAAUGCUCAUCAUUAUGAUGGGUAGUUUGUGUUGCAGAAGCUUGUAGAUUGCAUGGUCUAAGUCUGUGUUUGCAGAGGCACAUUGGGGUGGGGUCAGACUUCUUGUCUCUGUUUAACUCCAGCUGUUGAAGAUAAAAUUUCAUGUGAUGUAGGAGAUCUGUGAUUGGCUUUUCUGGUGUGUGCGUGUUGUUGUUUUUUUAACUGAAACACUGUACAGCCAUGGAAAACUGCCAAUAUGAUCAUAGAAGCAGCCCUACUGUAUGUUCAACACUGCCCGCUCCAUGUAAGUUCCAGGCAAAUUGCUCCUCCAAGCUGAUGCUUGUGUGAGUGUGAUUUUACCCUGUGGGGUGAACAUAUUGCAGGGAAACUUUAACUCCGAGAACUGCAUGGAAAAAGGUUAAACAUUAUUGUUACGGUAAAAUCUGGGUGCGGGGCUACUCUGCCACCCAGCUCGUCGGACUAAGUCCGCGGGUCCCUGCGGAAGAAAAAUGAGCUCAGCCGGAGACAGGAGCAAACUGCAGAAGAUCCAAGUUUAUUGCGCAACAGGUUCAAGGCGAGAUUGAACAGCGAGAAAGGGGUGACAUGAAUUUUUGAAACUUCACUCCAUGUCCCAGAAUACAGUGCAAAAUACAUCCCAGUUACAUCAUGAAUACAUUAAGAAGAGGUUGGGUUACACAGAUUACAUCACGAAUACAUUAGGAAGAGGUUGGGUUACACCGGAUUAACAUAUGGAGGAGGGAGGGGGGAAUAUGCAGAGCUGGAGAUAUGCGCAGAUAAGCACAUCCUGAGUACUGGUGAUGGGAAGACAAUGGUCCAUGUAUGCAUAGUCUGCCACCUGGCAUUGCCCGGAGGAAAGGCUUGGCAGAGCGAUUUGACAGGAUUAGGGUCUUGACACCUUGCUUGAGGGAUUAUGGAGGACAGGGGAGGUGUCAUGGAGUCCUAGAGAAAUUGAGCAAAUUGGCGCGUUGAUUUUCUAUGAAUUUUAUAGAUUUUAGUCCCUUUUGACAUUGACAAUUGGAAAUAAAUGGAUAUAUUGUAGCGAAGAAGAAGGUGAAGAAGACAUGCCCCCCCUUCCGUAUCAAUUAUCUUGCCCCCUCCACUGUUCUGAUCAAAUUGCCUGCCCUAUGCAUGAGAUUCAGUCAUAGAUCUUCUGAAUAAUGUGUACUUUGGUCCUGAGAAUCAAACUUGUUAUGUUCUGCAUAACUCUGCACCAACUGCUGUUUUGGUCACACUGUAACUUGACUUAAUAUCAGCCUCCGUUACUGAAGAUUGAAAAGAGGCCACUGUAACAUCAACUUAAAAAAAAAAAAAAAAGAUUCAGUGAGGAUCUGGAAAAUUACUGGCUAAUUAGCUGAAUGACUGUUCUAGGAAAGCUUUUCAAAAGCUUUUGUUAAAGUUUCUCACCAAAGAUUCCCAAGUAAGCUUAAUAGUCAUGGAAUGAGAGAAAGGGUCCUUAUAUGGAUUGGUAACUGGUUGAGAAAACAGGAAGCAGAGAGUGGGAAUAAACAGUGUUCUCAGUGGAGGGAUAUAGAAGGUGGAGUCCCCACGCUUGGUAUGAGGAUCUGUGCUGUUUAACCUAAUUUAGUAGCCCUAGGGUUACUUGAGUUAGGGAUGCAGUAGCCAUGCUUGCUGAUGUUACCAAAUUUGAACAAGUUGGUUAAAACAAAAAGAGGUUGUAAGCAGGGGCGUCACAAGGGGAGGCGGGGGGGCGGUGCGCCCCAGGUGUCAGGCCUAUGGGUAUGUGACAAAAUCCCCCCUGGGCGGGAAAGAGGGAGAGGCCUCGAGGCUGAGGGAGUGAGAGAGAAGUGAGGUGGGGGGUGGGAGGAAAUAAGAGAGAGAGAGGAGGGCGACCGAGUAAGAGGGAAGAAAGGAAAGAGGCGCCGCCUCAGGCUCUGGGCAGUGGCAGCAGUGGCAGCAUCCGGCUGCUCCUCCCUCAGUGCCCUGCGGUGUCUAUCCAGUCCCUGACAUUGGCCACUGUGAGAAAAGAGUUCUGGAUUAUAUCAGUCUUUGGCCCAAUCCAGCAGGGCUCUUAAACAUGUCACAUAGUCCCAAUAUGUCAUAUCAGAGACCUGAAAAACAACUAAACUUUAAUGUAUUCAAAUGAUCUAUGAGCUGGUGAAAGAUAAAAAAGUGAGUAGAAAAACAGAGAUAAGCUUGCAGUUAUUUAAAAGUGCUAAAUUUCCCCUUCAUCAUUAACAGAGAUGUGGGUUAUCAGUGCCUGUAUUGAAAUGUCUUCUUUCUCAAUUAUAGCUUAGGGCAUGGCUAGUUCUGGGAAUUGUUUACUGAUCUCUUGGUUCAGGUCUCAAAAGGUGCGCUUGAAAAUAACAAAUUUAAAAAAAACUUUCCUGACAGGCCUAUGAUUGUGACAUUAAGCAUGAAGUUGUAUAUUGUCUUAAUCUUUUUCUCUACCUCUCACAAGCCUGGCAUUAUCUGGAAAAGUUAAUACUGCAGUAAAUAUAUUGUUAUUGCUCAAUAAUGCAGAUGGGAAGAUAUUCACAAACAGUGCUUUAAUCAUUUGAUCAUUUAUGGCAAACACUGAGGGAGUCUACUAAGUUCAGAAGGGCCUUGCUCAAGGCAAGUGAAUAUAACAUUGCAGCCAUUGUAAGUUUAGAUGGUUUGUUUUUACUUGAAAUUUAUUCCCAAGGGUUGCUCAAUAAGACAUAUUUGCAGGUCUAUACAGUAUUAUAGUUCAGUAGUCAGCUUAUUUUCUCUUUCUAGAGAAAUCUUUCCUGUUCCCAUCCUCUGAUCCCCUUCUGUUGGGAUGAAUUAGGUCCUUCUGUGCUUUUAAAAUGGAUUUUUGUGGCUUAGCUUUUAAAGAGGUUUGCCUUCAUAAAUAUGCAGUGUAUGCCUAUAUUAGUCUAUAGUCACUCUUCAUUGAUGUUAUGAAAUCUAUUUGCUAUUUUACAGAAAUAUAUUGCACAAGAGGACUAGAUAGAACUGCUGCUAUUGCUUUGAGUAUCCAUAAGAUGGAGACAAAAUAUGAGAUUCUUCUCCUUUCUUGGCUUGGGAAUUUUAGGCCCAUUGUUUUUGAGUUUCCUCUUCAUGUCAAUGCAGUGGAAAAAUCCCAGGCAGUAGAUUAGAUUCUGAAACUGCUUCCAUGUUAGUUUAUUUCUGUCAAGAUAGCAACCUUCAUCUAGUAUUUACAAUUACUUGGUAAAUGCUUUCAUAGGGAAACUCUGCCCUCCAGAUGGUUUGGGACUACAAUUCCCAUCAUCCCUGACCACUGGUCCUGUUAGCUAGGAAUGAUGGGAGUUGUAGUCCCAAAACAUCUGGAGGCCUGAGUUUGCCUAUGCCUGCUUUAGAUUAUUCACUCAUUUCUCAUAUUUUCUUUCUUAUUUCUAAAACCUCAUCUCAAACAGUUAUUUGAUCAUGGCAAUCAAGCCAAACACUAGUUGCGAGAACCCUGCCUCUCCAUUGAUCCUUGACUUCACGUCUUCUUAUGAGGGCAAGAGCAAUUCUUUGUUCUACUCUCCAGCUCUAAGUUGGGAAGUGGAAAGAACUGCCUGAUAGUAUUUCUGAAGUUCUCCGAGUUCCUUGGCAAUGCAAUGGUUAUAUAAUGCCAGCCUUCCUCCAAACCUUGAUGCUAAAUAGGAUCUUUGUGCAAAUGCAUUGGUAGUUCUUCAAGGGUGGGAAGGCUGGGGCUUCUCACAUUAACCAAAGGAAUGAAAUUCAUGUAGUGUAAGUUGACUGAAGAAGCAGCAGUUUGCUGUCAGCCACAGGCAUUCUGGAUACUGACACCCAAAAGAAGGGUGGUAUUUGUUCUCUAACUUUCACAGCAGCUAUCUUAUUAGUUGCAUAGACUGCCCAAACUGUGCAGCCAGGUCUGAGCCUAUACUGUAAGUGCUUGGAUAAACACCCCUCUGAAAUGAUGCCCAGUUAAUUGAGUGCUCUAUAAAAAGCCAUCUACAUGUCUUUAAACAAUUGGUUAGAUUCAUUGAUUGACUAUUACAACCCUAUUUUAGAUGUUAUCUUUCUUAACGUAUGUGUGUAAGGGUAAGGUGCCUGUUUGGAAAAACAUACAUGAAACCACUGGGUGGGGUUAUCCAGAGGUUUGGAGUACGUUGUCAGCAGUAUGCUGAUGACACUCGGCUCUAUUUCUCCUUUAAAUCUGCAGGUGAGGCGGUGAAAGUGCUGGACCAGUGUCUUGCUUCAGUAAUGGACUGGAUGAGAGCCAACAAACUGAAACUCAAUCCAGAUAAGACUGAGGCACUGUUAGUGGGUGGUUCCCUAGACCGGAUGGGUGGGAGAUCGCCAGCUCUUGAUGGGGUUACACUUCGUAGUUUGGGGGUACUCCUAGAUCCUUUCCUGUCGCUCAAGGCUCAGGUGGCCCCAGUGGCCCGAGUGCCUUCCAUCAGCUUUGGCUGAUGGCCCAGCUGUGCCCCUAUCUGGACAGGGAUAGCCUAAUUACUGUUGUAUAUGCUCUGGUAACCUCAAGGUUAGAUUACUGCAAUGCGUUAUACGUAGGGCUGCCUCUGAAGAUGGUUCGGAAACUUCAGCUAGUGCAGAAUUCAGCGGCCAGGUUGCUCACUGGAGCAAGACGGUUUGCGCAUAUUAUGCUGAUCCUGGUCCAACUUCACUGGCUACCAAUUUCAGGCCCAUUUCAAAGUGCUGGUUUUGACCUAUAAAGCCUUAAAUGGCUCAGGACCGCAAUAACUCAAGGACUGACUCUUUCUAUAUGAACCUACCCAGACUCUGAGAUCAUCUUCUGAGUCCCUUCUUUGUGUGCCUCCUCCUCUAGAGGUCAGGAGGGUGGCAACAUGAGAACGGGCUUUCUCUGCAGUGGCUCCCCAUCUAUGGAAUGUGCAGGGAAGUUCACCUGGCGCCUUCAUUAUACACGUUUAGGCGCCAGGCAAAAACAUUCCUUUUUAACCAGGCCUUUGGUUGAUUUGAUUUACAUCCUAUGCCCUUUUUAAAUGUGGGGUUUUUUUGGGGGGGUGCUAUUGGUUUGUUUUCAUUUUAUGUAUUUUAUGGUUUUAUAUUUUGACUUUUUUUUUGUGAACCGUCCUGAGACCUCCGGGUAUAGGGUGGUGUAUAAAUUCAAUACGUAAUAAGAAUAAUACAUAUGAUCUAGGAGGACAGAUAGUAUGGUAGCAGAAGGUGAGGAAAUACAGCCAUUUCCAUACAUCAGUGGUCACCUCUUGUUGCUUCUCCCUCAUAUCCUAUUAAUCUAAGGCUAGUUAGUUCUGACAGACAGCAGGUGAAGUGGUCAGUGUUCAGCCAUAUCACUUCAGACUGUAAGUCUUCACCAAAAAGGGUUGCUGCUUCACAAAAAGGGUUCCUGCAUGUAGAAGAGGCUAGGCUACAACUCUUCUCACUGAUACCUACUUUUCAAUGUGCUAGACGGGGAACUAGAUAAAAAAAGCAUUCAGUUACAUGAAUCCUUAACUUCAGUUUGAAGUGAGGCAGCUUACUACAGGUUUUCUGACUCCAUCUGCUGUUUGUGAGAACUAGGUCUAAAUCCUCUGGGCAUAAGCACUGGUGUUGUGUACAGAACUUAGCACACUUGCAGUAAAUAAAAUGUAUGAUGGCAUGGUGCUGUUGUUCCCAAGCUUGCUUGCAAAAAAACUUGAACAGAGGCAUGAGUCUGCCUUAGAAUACAUUUUAUCAAAAGGAGCUCUAGCUUCUAUGAGAACAGCCUUAAACUUUUAUUUGCAAGUUUAAUAGGAAGGGAAAUAACUGAUUGACACCACUUUUUAAGUAAAGAAAAACUUGUUUGGAAUGGCAGCUUGCAUCUUGCUUCAGUUUUUACUGCCUCUGUUGAAUAGAUUGUCAUAUGCCUGUGCCCUUAGAGCUAAAUAGCCUAGUUUGCUUUUUGAAUUCUUAAACACAAAUAGGAGAGGCCCUCUUCUUGAUUAUUUUGAGUUUGCAGUCUUCUGUGUGGUGGAACAUAUUGUUCUGUAUAGUUUUGUUUCAGUCUGUUAGCCUAGUUGUGACUUAGAACAAAAGGCUGCUAAACAUCUUUAUUCCCCAGUCCUGGUUUCUGUGGCUGAUUACUAAUUUUUCCGCUUCCAGACAAAUGUUUUUCCUGUAGCUUUCGAACUAGAGUGGCCUUACUAGAAUGUCAUAGUAAACUAUGAUUUCACUUUUCUGAGCUGUUGGUUUCUUUUGAGCAAUAGCAGACAGGAGACAAACAGCUAAGAAAGGCAUGUUCAUGGUAAACUAUUAAAUGUGGUUUACUGUGACAUGCAAAUUGAGCCAGCAGCUUAGUUCACACAUAAACUGUGGUUUGUUUAAGCUGUGGAUUGUUUAUCAAACCAUAAAUUAACCCCAAGUUGUUUCACAGACAAUCAAACAACCCAUGUAUUGUUUCUCCAGCAUUUGUUUUCCAGCGGUUAAUGCCUCAUGCGCUUGUAAUUUGGUAUGUUUCUGGGGUGGGAUCAUUAAGCAAACCAUGGUGCUGGGUUCCCAUAUAAUGCUAAGCCAUAGUUAAAGCAAACCAAGGUUUGUAAGCCAUUUAGCAAACAAUGGCUUCCUAUUGUGGCUUGUUGGCAGUAAACAAACCAUAGUUAAACUGCUAGGCAAGGUUUAUACAUAUUGCUAAUCCAUUCGUUUAAAGUUGCAUGGGAACUGGGCCAGUGUCAUUUUGGGGCAUUUUUAUGGUAUGUAGUGGGCUAUAGGGCAGCAGAAGCUGGUUUUAGGAGAACCCAUAAUUAUUAAACAACAAAUGGGGUGGAUUACAGAUGGACUAAUAAAAAAGUAGAGGCAUAAUGGUGAGGUGUUAGGUAGCUUGACUCCUGCUCCGUAAAGAUGCAUGCAAGCGGGACUGGGAGGAGUUGGGCUACCCACUUCAUAAUCACGAGAGUGGGCUUUGGAACCACUUAUUUGUGCUCUUUAGUUUCUUCUUAGCGUCUUUCCUUGGAGAAGAGUAAGAAAUUAAUAUUUUGGAGCCACUUUCCUGCUCAACAGAUCUUUAUGAGGCACUUACAUGAUAAAAUUUAGCAUACACAAUCUGAGUGCCUCAUAUCUGUGGUAAAUCUUAUGGGUUAAGUAGAUACCUUUCAUUUUUACAUGUGUAUAUAUUGUGAAGACUCACAAGACAGUUGGUGUGUAGAUAACAAGAGUAUGAACAAUUUUGAAGCAUUUGCAGUGGUGAAAUUUUAUUUAGCUGACUUAUUUUUCUAUUUCAGUCAAAGGAUAAGAUGAUGCGGGGAUCACGCAGAGGCUGUGUUAGAUUGAGGGUAAGUAUCUGUUUUUAUACAUCUCUUAGAUGUGUGCUGUGUGAUAUACUUGACAAAUACUUUGCUAGCCUCUGAGAUGGUUUUUGUUUUGUUCUGUCAGUGAUCAAUUAAACAAAUUAUAUUUUCCUUCCAUAUCUUAAAUGCAAUCUAUAUUUUCUUCAUUACAAAAUUCUUUGAGGUCUAUAUGCCUUUAAGAUUGAAAUUGAGGCAGGUUGCUGCCCAUUUUAUGACAGUUCUGUUUGUGUUUUUGUUCAAAAUCGGCUAAAAAACCUAUGGUGGUGAUGUUAGCUUGACAUUUCAGGCUUCUCAAGUUGUCUUUGGCAUUACUGCACAGUUGUCCCUUUGAGUUAUUGGCUGUUUUCAGGUUUUAUUGGUAGUUGACAGCCAUUUAUGCUAGAUGUUGGACUGAAUUAAGAUAUGUAUGUUUGUGUGUGUACGUAUACAGUUGACUUGCAACUUGCCAGCUGAAAUCACACAAAUUAAACACGCGCAAGGUGGAGAGUUUAAAAACACUUUCUGUGCCAUGUUUUUCCAUUGCGGAAUGAGCUUUUAAGCUCUCACACUUGCUUACCAGACUCUCGUGCAAGCUCUGGGAAGCUCCUGCAAGAUCUUGUGGGGCUGUCCAAGAUCUUGUGACAGCCCACCAGAGCCCACAUGAGACCUUCCCAGAGCCUGAGAACUCUCAGACUUUAGGAAGUCUCAGACUUUAACAAGUCUGAGAACUUAAAAACUCUUUCUGCACUGGGUUUUCCCACUGUAGAAAGAGCUUUUAAGCACUCUGCCUUAUCUACCAGACUCUGCUGAGCUGGCAGAGUUAACAGGGACUGCAGGAAUGGAGAGAAGCAUUGUCUGGCUUCACAGUUUUUCCCACAUUGUGAUUUUUGUAUAGCGCACCCACACCCACACACUAUGAUUUGUGAUAUAUAGCCAGGUCAUAUGGAUUCAAGCUGGUUUCAAUGAUACAUUGCCCAGCCCUAGGUAAGGUCAAGGCCCAUCUAGCUCAUCCACCUAAGUCUCAGUAAUGCAAGCUGGAUCAGCCCGAUCAAAUUGUGAGUGAGCAUGGUUUUCUUAUGGAGUGAUCUGGCAUAAGCAUAAGCAGCAGCAGCACCAGACCAGAGGGUUCAGGGAUGGGGAGUUUCAGCUUUGUUCAAUAUUAUAGGAUAGAAGUUAUAUAUGAUAGCUGUGUUUUGUACAUGCCUUUACUGUAAUAGUUUGUAAUUCAUGUUAGCUUAUUGCAAGAUCUUAGGUCCAAAUAGUCUGAUUUUGGAAGUUGGUUUUUAACAAAGGGAAGAGUUGUGUAGAUUACUUAAACAGUUUGUUUUAUAGCUGAUAUUAAAUUAGUUUUGUCUCUGUCCUGAGCAUAUGUUAGCUUUUUGUAAAAUUAUGAAUCCCAAAAAGGACAUGGUAAAAGCUUUUUAUUUUUGUCAAGAGCAUGUUAGGUCAUAAUUAUAUUUUCAAGCUGUUUUAAAAUACAGUGGUAUACAGUGGUACCUCGGGUUAAGAACUUAAUUCAUUCUGGAGGUCCGUUCUUAACCUGAAACUGUAGUAAAUAGUAAAUAAUUUGGGUGCUAUCUGGAAUUUGGUAAGUCACCUGUGUGUAUCUUGGAAAUGGAAAUGGAACAGCAAAAUGCUUUUGUCAUUUGUUGCAAUAUGGCUUUUCAAAAUUCCUGAUGUGCGUACAUUGUAAAAAUAGCCUUUCACAUACAAUAAAACAGAUUCCAUAUUGCACUUUAAAUUCCAUUUUGUAGUUUAAGAUGUAAUUUCUUGCUGCAAAAUAUUCAGUUGUCACAGUAGAAUAAUUUACAAUAGUGACCUUAGUUGUAGCUCAAAGGCUUCUCCAUACUUUCACUUGACCCAUAUUUUGAUUGUCUGUUGGACUAAUUAAUUCCUUGAGUCUGAGAGCUUUUCUUGUUUUCCAUGGUUGUGCCUUGCAAAAAUCUGAUCUUACCCACUGAAUUGGAUCUUAAAAUCCAAAGGGAGAUUUUGCCUAAACAAUUCUGCAGGUAGGAUCAAUUUUUCACAAGGCACAGCUGGGGAAUAACAAGAAAAGCUCUUGGACCCCGGGGAAUUAAUCUGUACACAGUAUGAUCAAAAUAUAGCCUUUUGAUGUUGAGCAUUCUGUGGCUCAGUCUUGUGCAUGCUUACUUGAAAAUAAGUUCAAGUACAGUACGUUGGUGGGGCUUAUUCCCAAGUAAGCGUGUAUAGAAGUGCCUUAGGCUGCAGUCCUAUAUACACUUAGGAGUAAGCCCCAGGAGUGAUAAAAACGGACUUGCAGGCUGGACUGUUAAUGUAUUUAAAAUGAAACAUGUAGGAAAUAUUAGAAAAAAUAAAUGGAAAUAAGUCCAGUCUUUCAAUCGUCAGUGGAUUUUGAUGUGAAAUCUUCUCCUUCUGAAUAAUGUGAAGUGUCCCCCCCUCGAUAAAUACUGUUCCAUAACUAGAACAUAAUAGUGCGUAAGCACAUAAGAACAUUGAUCUCUGCUGGAUCAGGCCAAUGGCUAAUCUAGUCUUAACAUCCUGUUCACACAAUGGCUAACCAAAUGCCUAUGAGAUACCCAUAAACCAGGACCUUUCAUCACUUGUACAACUUGUGGGUACGUUUUUCUCUGUCCUUCUGUAAGCUGCUGUGAUGGGAUGAUGAGCUGCUUGUGCGUAAAAUCGUAUCCCCUCAGAGUUUGUUCAAGUCCACAAACCUCUGUCUGUGACAGAGCCCCUCAGACAUGGCUACUCUAGUCACUAGCAGAUUCCGACAGUGGUUGCUUUCGUAAUCGCUUCCAACAUAAAAGCUCCUUAACGGAAACACGUCUUCUGGAAUCUCUGCGUGACAGUUUCCGGCGAGGAGUGGGUGUUCUUACAGGAGGUCCUGAAACCUCUCCACUGUUUUCGCUGGAAGUGUCUCUGAGCCAUCCCUCCAGCUCAGCUCCUCUCCCCCUGCUGGUUCCCUCAUCAGCUGCUGCGUCUCUCCCAACCUGUGUGAGCCCUUUCACCUCCCUGUUGGUUUCCUCUUCAGCUGCUGCGUCUCUCCCAACCUGUGUGAGCCCUUUCACCUCCCUUCCGUCCGAUGGCAGUUCCCUGACAUCCACCUCCCCUCCAGGGCCCCCUUCACCCCCUCUCGCCCCCUCCUCUACGGGCGGUGAGGAGGCACAACCCCGGAAUGAACUUCCUUCAUCUUCCGAUGUCUCGAACACUUCUCUCAACCUGUUGCGGUUCCUGGUCUCGAAGUACACCUCCUCCUCAGAGUCCAUCUCCCCUUCCCCUUCCGAGUCCGGGAAUCCUUCCAACUCCUCCCCUUCAUCAGUGGUCCCAAAGUAUUCCCUCCGGAACCUCUCUACAGGCUGAGGUUUCCUUGGGAACCUUUGAUGGAACGUUUCUAUCAAUACCUCGUCAUUGAUAUCUUCAGCCAUUACCCAAGUGUUUUCUGACUCCGGUUCUCCUUCCCACGCUACCAAAUACUCCACCUGAUCCCCCUUCCACCUGGCGUCGAGGAUUUCUGCCACAUGGCUGCUGCAUUCUCUUUCUUCUACGACCGGUCCCCGAGUGGCCAGCCCUUCUCGUCCCCCUUCGUACGGUGACAGUAACGACCUGUGAAAUACUGGGUGCAGUUUCAUGUGGUUGGGUAACCGGAGCCUGAAAGCCACUGGGUUGACCUGUUGAAUGACCUCAAAGGGACCCAACCUCCUGGGUCUUAAUUUCUUACAACCUCCGUUGACCGGCCACCCUUGGGUGGCCAGCCACACCCUAUCUCCCACCCUUAUGGUUUCACCUUCCCUUCGGUUCUUGUCUGCCUGCCUCUUGUAUUCUUCCUUCGCCCUUUCUAAGUUGAGUUGGAGCUGACGAUGGAUUGCUUCCAUUUCUUCCACAAAAUGCUCGGCUGCCGGGACGCUCCAUCUCUCCCCCUCUCCCCUGGGAAAGCCCUGGGAUGACACCCAUAAUUAGCCAAGAAGGGGCUCAUCCCUGUGGACACAUUCUCGGCAUUGUUGUAGGCAAAUUCCGCCAGCGCCAACUUUUCUACCCAGUCAUUCUCUCUGUCAUUGACAUAACACCUCAGGUAUUGCUGGAGGACACCGUUUGCUCUUUCCGCCUGCCCGUUGGUUUCAGGGUGCCGGGCAGUCGAAAAAUUGACCUCCACCUGCAGUAAGCUCAUGAGCUUCCUCCAGAACCUGGAAGUAAAUUGUUUUCCUCGGUCUGAGACCACCCUCAAUGGCACUCCGUGCAACCUAAAAAUGUUUUCUACAAAUAACUUCGCUGUCUCUUCCGCCGUGACUGCAUGCGAGCAAGCUACAAAGUGGCACAUCUUUGUUAGUAGGUCUACCACCACCAUGAUGGCUGUUUUCCCUUUGGACUUUGGCAGAUCAGUCAUAAAAUCUAUCGACACUGCCUCCCAAGGUCGUUCUGGGGUUGGUAAGGGUUCUAAUAGCCCCGCCGGCGCCCGCCUUUCCCCUUUGGCUCGCUGGCAUUGCUCGCACCCUCUUACAUACUCACGUACAUCUUCCCUCACCUUAGGCCACCAAAAUUCCCUGGUGACCAACCACAUGGUUUUGUGUUGUCCAAAAUGCCCCGCCGUAGGGCUGUCGUGCAACUGCUUGAGUACCCUCCCCUUAACUCUCCUUCAGGGAUAUACAGUGCCCCUUUGUAAUACAAAGCUCCAUUUCUUUCCUCGAAACCCCUGGUUCCUCUCCAUCACCCCUAAGACCUCUGAGCUUAUUCUGGGCGUAUUCAUCAUUCUCUGUUUCCUCUACCAGUUCUCUUUGUCCCACCAAUGCCGCCCCACACACCCAGCGGUCUUCUGGAAUGACAUGUCUCUCUUCGGGUGCCCCUCCCCUCCAAAUAUUCAGGUUUGCGUGAGAGAGCGUCCGCCCUAAUGUUCUCUGGGCCUGGCACGUAACUAAUCUCAAAGUUAAAUUUGGAGAACUCCUGGGCCCAUCUCACUUGCCGUUGGUUGAGCACUCGUGCCGUCCUCCAAUACUCUAGGUUCUUGUGGUCAGUGCACACUUGCACCUUAUGUUGUGCGCCAAUUAGCAGGUGCCUCCAUCUCCGGAACGCCUCAUGAAUGGCUAGUAGUUCUCGGUCAUACACCGUGUAGUUCCUCUCGGAUUUGUUCAGCUUUCGCGAAAAAAGGCACACGGUCUCCACUCUGACCCCUUCUUGCCUGGCUGCAGAAGCACCGCCCCAAUCGCUCUGUCUGAUGCGUCAGUUUCCACUCUCAUCGGUUUUUGUAAAUCCACAUGCAGGAGUUGUUGUUCCGAGGCGAAGGCCCUUUUAGUUCCUCAAAUGCUCGCUCCGCCUCCUCAGUCCACACGAACUUCUUCUUACUGCUGAGACAGUCCGUAAUGGGCGCCGUCAGGUGGGCAAAGUUUCGGAUGAACUUACGAUAGAAGUUCCCAAAUCCUAGGAACCUCUGCACAUCCUUCUUUGUUUUGGGUGCUUUCCAUUCCAGCACAGCCUGGACCUUGCCAGGAUCCAUGGCCAAUCCCUUGUCUGACAGGCGAUACCCCAGGAAUUCCACCUCCUUGGUAUGAAACUGACACUUCUCCAGUUUCACCCACAGCUGGUUGGCUUGCAGCCUGCUCAACACUUCUCUGACGUCUCUCACAUGCUGCUCCUCAUUCUCAGAAUACACCAACACGUCGUCUAAAAAGGCCACACAAUUCUUGUAAAGCAAAGGCCCCAGGACGUGGUUCAUAAACGAUUGAAAGGUUGCGGAGCCUGCUUGGAGGCCGAAGGGCAUAACCAAAUAUUCAAAUGCCCCUAAAGGGGUGAACAUAGUGGUUUUCCAUUCAUCCCCCUUCCUUAUUCGUACCAGGUUGUACGCCCCCCUUAGGUCCAGCUUUGUAAAAAUCUUUCCCUUCCGCACCCUUGUCAAAAUGUCGUCAAUCCUGGGCAUAGGGAAGGCUACUGGUUCUGACACUGCAUUUAAGGCCCUGAAGUCACACACCAGCCUCGGCUUGUUCGUGUUUUUCUUAUCCACAAAAAACACUGGGCUGCCCCCACCGCCCUGGACUCUCUGAUGAACCCUCUCUUCAGGUUCUUGUCAAUGAACUCUCUUAACUCCUGCAUCUCUCUGUCUGACAUGGCGUACAGCUUGCCUACAGGGAGCUGUGCUCCAGGGAGUAAGUUGAUUUGACAGUCAAAGGGUCUAUGCGGGGUAGUUGGUCAGCUUCCCUUUCGCUGAAGACGUCACGGAGAUCUGCAUAUUGUCGUGGUACCUUCACGUUCUCUGUUACUUCAGUCCCUGCUAGGGUGGCUUGGACCCCUGCCAAACCCUUUCCCUCUUUGCAGUGUUCUAAGCAAUGUGCUGAACCAAAAGAAACCACUCUCUGAUGCCAGCCCACCAGCGGAUCAUGUAACGCUAGCCAGCUCAUCCCCAAUAUAAUGGGAGCUCCUCCCAAGGUGGCCACAUUAAAAGCUAUCAGUUCGGUGUGCCUUGCUACCUUCAUUAUCAUUGGGACGGUCUGCAAGCUGACUUCUCCACCCAACAGCUCCCUGCCAUCGAUCGUGGUCACCUGCAGGGGCUGCUUAAAGGGAUUGUCUGUAUCUGGUGUUCAGCUGCAAACUCUUUGCUCAUGAAAUUGCAGGAGCUGCCUGAGUCCAACAGCGCCUUUAUCUUUAGAGGGUGUCCGUUUGGCAGCUCUAGCGUCACAUCUAUCACUAGGGCGGGUUUAGGAGGUUCUGGCGUGGGCACUCUCACUGCUCUUUGGCCUGGCUGCUGUGCCCUGACAGUGGCAGCCAGGCGUUGGCUUUUACUUGCUCCGGUAUAUUUUCCUCUCUUCCACCCUACCAUCCCUUGCCAUUCUUUCCUCUGGGGGCAGACUCUGGCAAAGUGACCUGGCUGUUGGCAGAGAUAGCAUUUCCGGGCGCCUUUUCCCUCCUUCUUUGCCCCCUCACUGGGCUUUGAAACUGCGCGCGCGCGCUGUUCCGAUUUCCAUCGGCUCUGCCGGUGGGAAAGUUGGCUCUGGAAUGUCUGGAAUGCGGAACUCCUUCCAACGUUCCCCUUUCCCUUCCCGCCUCUCCAAUGCUCUCGCCUCCUGGCGCGCUCCUAUGGCCAGCGCUGAUUUGGUCAGCUGGUCCAUAGACUCCGCCCUGGGCGCCCGGGAAAGUUCGUCUUUCACAGCCGAAGAAAGCCCUUCUUCAAAGAGCAUUUGAAUGGGUUCCGCCGAUAAGUCCCACCCCAAUCUGUGAACAAGCAUGGUGAACUCAGUCCAGUACUCACGGACAGAUCGGCUCCCUGUUUGCAACCCAUUAACUGUCUGCGCACCACUCCCUUUUCAAUAUCGCUGGAAAACAUCAGAUCCAUGGCGCGAAAGAACUUCAUCGUGUCUUUUAAGACGUCACUAUUCGCUGCCAUCAGGGGUCUAACCCAGUCUCUCGCCCCCUUUUCAAGAUGCUCAAUCACGAAAGCCACUCGUGAUUCCUCGUCAGGGAAUUCAUCAAACUGCAGAUUGAGGGCAUAUUGCAUUUCUGUCCGAAAACCAUGAUAGUUUUUGGGCUCCCCCCCAAACUUCUGCACCAAUCCUGGUACCUUUCUGGCGAACUGGGUGGCUUUCCCCUUUUGUCUGCAUCCUGAGCCCUCCUCUCCUCAAGCCUCGCCGUCUGCAUCGCUAGCUGGACCUCCAACAUCUGGUACCUUUCUUCCAGGCUUGGACCCGCUCCAGCUCCUGCUUCUCCGGUUCCGGCUGGGUUGCUCAUGAUACCUUCUCCUGCACAAGCUGCUUUCAAAGACUGUCGGAAUGCUGUGAUGGGAUGAUGAGCUGCUUGUGCGUAAAAUCGUAUCCCCUCAGAGUUUGUUCAAGUCCACAAACCUCUGUCUGUGACAGAGCCCCUCAGACAUGGCUACUCUAGUCACUAGCAGAUUCCGACAGUGGUUGCUUUCGUAAUCGCUUCCAACAUAAAAGCUCCUUAACGGAAACACGUCUUCUGGAAUCUCUGCGUGACAGUUUCCGGCGAGGAGUGGGUGUUCUUACAGGAGGUCCUGAAACCUCUCCACUGUUUUCGCUGGAAGUGUCUCUGAGCCAUCCCUCCAGCUCAGCUCCUCUCCCCUGCUGGUUCCCUCAUCAGCUGCUGCGUCUCUCCCAACCUGUGUGAGCCCUUUCACCUCCCUGUUGGUUUCCUCUUCAGCUGCUGCGUCUCUCCCAACCUGUGUGAGCCCUUUCACCUCCCUUCCGUCCGAUGGCAGUUCCCUGACAGCUGCAUAAUGCACUAUCCAUGCACUGAUUGCCGUGACUCUUGUGGCAGAAUGUGGGUUAUGUGUCGAGCCUGUGAGCCUGUACUGAAUGAUUUAUAUUAAUUUCCUUCAGGCACAGAUGAUAGUUCACCCUGCUUUUGGAGAUUGAGCAGCCUUGCAACUGAGAGGGAAGUCACUCAUCUUUUUUGCACCUGUCAUAUUACACCUGCCACCCUCUUGCCACUGUUGCAACUUUUUUUAGACCUUAUUGAAUGGAAAUGCCAGGAAGAUAGUACCCAUUGUGCCUCCCUACUCCAUGGAAAAUAUAUUCCCUGUUUUCACUUUUCUUGGACCCGAGAGCUAAGGAUAGCUUUAUAGGAAAUCUUUCUGCUGCUGUGCAUGGAACUUUUGUAGCCCAGAGUACAUAAUGAGAGAUGAUGUUUAUUUUUAUACUUCCUCCUUUAUAUAAGUCCACCGUUCAUUGUACUGAUCCUUGGGUGGGUUACAAUAAAUGCCCAACAUAAAACAGAACAAGUCCACACCAAUCGUAUUCACUAAAUCAAUUUGUAAUACAGCAUGCAAAUAUACUCAAAUAAUAACUAGUCAGCCACUAGCCUUCACCUAAUGCUUCGGAGGAAAGAGGCAUCUUUACCUGAAAAUGAAAACUAAGUAAUGUUGAUGCCAGAUGCACCUUUGAGUGGAGGGCAUUCCAGAGAUGGGUUCCACCACAGGUGUACUUUCCCAAUGGUAGAACAACAGGAAGGAUUCCUCCACUAAUCUUAAAGUGCAGUAAUAGAGAGAAAAGUGUUCCUUCAAAGAUUUGGGCUCCCAGUCCAAAUAUGUUAGCUUCAACAGCUUGAAUUGGGCUCAGAAAUGUAUAGGCAACCAGAGAAGGAUCUUCAUAAUUGGUGUUAUGUAGUUCUAACUAGUUAUACUACUCAACAACCUGGCAGCCGUAUUCUGCACUUGUUGCAGCUAGGCCUGGGUGAUGUAUCAGUACAUUGUCCAGGACAGGUCUGAGGGCCUGAGCAUAAUAUACCUGGCGGUAUAUUGCAGUUAUAGGGGACGCGGGUGGCGCUGUGGGUUAAACCACAGAGCCUAGGACUUGCCGAUCAGAAGGUCGGCGGUUCGAAUCCCCACGACGGGGUGAGCUCCAAUUGCUCGGUCCCUGCUUCUGCCAAGCUAGCAGUUCGAAAGCAUGUCAAAGUGCAAGUAGAUAAAUAGGUACUGCUCCGGCUGGAAGGUAAACGGCGUUUCGGUGUGCUGCUCUGGUUCACCAGAAGCGGCUUAGUCAUACUGGCCACAUGACCCGGAAGCUGUACGCUGGCUCCCUCGGCCAGUAGAGCGAGAUGAGCUCCGCAACUCCAGAGUCGGUCACGACUGGACCUAAUGGUCAGGGGUCCCUUUACCUUUUUUUAUUGCAGUUGGGGCUUGCCUGCUGCCUGGCACCUUACCUUCUCUGGCUGCCUCCUUUCUUCCUGAGCAGUGAAUACCUUAUGGUAAAGUGGGUGGUGAAUUGUUUUGUGAACACCUUUCUCCCUUCAAAAAGUCGUCGUCUUUUUAGUGAUGUGGUGGAGUGAGCGGUGGCAGUUUGGCUUCACCCCGGCACUUUGUGGGGCUGUGGCUGAUGCUCCUUCCUCCUCUCUCUACGCCAGGCACUGGCAGCGGAAGGAGCUGAGGCGAUUUGGCUUCACCCUGGCACAGAAUAACACUCCUUCCUUUUCAACAUGAUGAUGUAUUAUUAUUUCACAAUGUUUAGCUGGUGAUACACUGCAAUGUUGAAAAGCUGAUAUCACCCAGCCCUGGUGGCAUCUUCCAAGCCAUUUUCAAGGAUAGUCUCACAUUAUUUAUUAAUUAAAUUUAUAUACCACCCUUCAUCUGAAGAUCACAGGGUGGUUUUAAAGCACAUAGAGUGCAUUGCAGUAUUCUGAUUGGGAGGUUAAUUACCAGAGCAUGGGGCACUGUGGUAAAGCUAUCACAGUCCAAGAGUGGCUGUAGCUUGAGAACCACUAUUGCAGAAAAACACUCAUAGCUAUAGAGAACACUUGGAGCUCCAAUGCCAAAGCAGAUCCAGGACCAACUCUAUAUCUGUUCUUUCAAGGGGAGAGUACAAUCCUGUCCAGAACAGGCCAUCUACCAAAUUUCUGGACCUGAGAACAAGUAACCCAUAGUAUCACUAUCUUGUCAGGAUUCAGUUUCAAUUUAUUGCCCUAUUACUGCCUCCAGGCAAUAGUCCAUCAACUGUACUACUUCACCUGAUUUAGAAAAUAGGGAUCUUAUGCAUUGUCAUCUUCAUAUUGCUGACUCUGCUUCCAUCCCCACAGCACUUCAACCCUGCUGAUAACCUCCCCCAGAAGCAUCAUAUAGAUCAGGAGUGGGAAACCUCCAGCCCAUGGGUCAGUCUUGGUCCCUCAGGGGUUCCAGGCCAGUAAGGCCAUUCCCCUCAAACCAAGCCUACGUGUCAAUUGGCUGAUGUCACUCAAGACAUCUGCUAAUGGAUGGGAGGGGUUCAGUUCUGCAAGCCUAUAAUAGAUGCUCAAUAGUAUGGAACAACACGAUGGAACUUUGUAGAACCUCUCAGCACAAUUGCCUUACAUUGCAAUGUAAAUUCUUUUUUGAAAUUUAUACAUGGUGGUGUUCUCAGGUACAUGGAGCUGCAUGAUUUUAUGCAAAAAGUAACAAUAACAGUGUUGACUAAUAUUAAAUGUUCCACCUUAAAUAAAUACUUUUAUUACACCAGUCAAAAUGUCUCAAAAGUAGUGUGCAAGCUUGGUAUUUUCCAGGCUGAUGAAGAGUCUUAUGAAGAACUAUUGAGAACUAAAAAGCUUGCACAUGAAAGCUGUGUGAUAUUUUGGUUGGCCUAAUAAAGGCAUUGCACUGAUAUUGAUGAUUAUAUAGGCACUCAUAGCUCUGUUUUAUAGAUUGAAUAGCAGAAAUUCCCAGAGGCUUUCUUUAAUUGUAAAUUUAUUUCCUGUAUAGAAUGCAAGUUUUUAAAGUGCAAAAUUCCUUAUUUUAUGAAAAAGCAAAACAGGGAAGAAAAAUGCACAUGGGGCUUUAACUAAAGAAGGAAUAAAACUGGUUUUGUAAAUUCCUCAUUUAAUUUUCAAGUAUUGACUCUGGAAGCCUUGCAAAAAUUUGUUCAUGAAUUUUGCAUUCUGGUCGUGUAGCAAUAGACUGCAUGCUGCUGAUGUCACUGCUCUGCCUUAUCAGAAUUUUUGCUCUUUGUUUCACAGGGAGCUGUGAUUGGUAUAGAUGAUGAGGACGACAGCACCUUCACAAUAACUGUUGAUCAGAAAACCUUCCAUUUCCAGGGUGAGCUGAAAGAAGAGUAUUUCUUAUAUUAGAAUAAAUCACAGAAAAUUAUAUUGAAUUACAGUUCAGUGGGCUAAUUUUAAGCAUUUUAUAAUCAGAACUGCAUGAAUCAAUGUACAGGGAACAUUCUGGAGUCAGAAGCACUGUGGGUUAGACAGGGAUUUAUAUCUGCAGUGUAUACAUAUGUGCUAGAAAGGACGGUAGCUUUGGCAGGAUCUGGAGAUUAAAAAUUUAAAGGAUAUAUCAGUCAGGGGGGGAGAGAAUAAUGGGCUUUCGUUGAUGGGUUUUGCUUGCAAAAAAAGCACCACUGAUCUUUAUUAUCAAGAUGUUCUGUUGUGCCUUUCUGCAUGGAGAAAGCCACGAGAUCGCGUGAGGUUGCAGCUUUUGUUGAUAUUGAACUUAAAGGCUUGAAUAUGUGAGGAGACCAGAGGAAGCAGAUUUAAAGGUGGAUUUUUGCUUCAGGAUCUACAAGUUCUCAUUCAUUUCAUCUCUAUUUCUUUGUUCUUGUCUGCCAAACAUCAUUUUCCUGCUAUUUUAUCUUUUUAUUCAUAUUUACAACUCCAAUGCCAUCUGUUACUGCUAUGUUUCGUCAUUGCAUGCUAUGGUUCACCAGUAGAAAGGGUAAGGUACUGUAUUUUUCAUUUGUACUUCUAUAUAUUCCCUUAAUUCCUUUUGAAAUUCCUAAUAAAUGGUCUUUUUAAAUAAAAUGUUCCCAUUUUUUUGGUUAUCAUCUUUCCUUUAAAUUGUAAUUCACUCUGCUGUUGACAUCUGAUAUUUUUCUUUAGUUUUCAGUGUCAGAUGAGUUGCAGAUAAAAUGCUUUACUUGAAACAGUGAGAAUUCAGUUGUAGAAAUUAGAUUGAUUCAUGCUAUUCUUUACUUAGUUUUUGUGAACUGCAAACUGUUGUGGUGGUUUAUCUUCAGCACUAUUAUUUAGUACUGAGGAUCCUAAUAUUCUGGCAAAGUAUUCCUCAAAUAGUUCCAGUGAUAAACCUUACGCUCCAAAUUGUGUAUAUGUUUAUCCUCUGCUAUGGUGUCUUAAUGACUCUGUUGUCAUGUGGCUUUUCAGUAGCUGCAUUAAGCAUCAUUAAUAAUUUUUUACAGCUCCACACAAAAAGAGAACAUAUUCUUAACUUAUUCUUGAGAGCAAACUAAUUAAUUGUUAAUACAAUCAGACCACAUCACAUGCAUUCUUCAAAAAGUAGCAGCUGUAUUGUGUAUCAUGAUGCAGAUAAAGGGUGAAAUCUGCAGUAGAAAACUGCAGCUAUUAAAGGAAUACCUUCUGCAGUUCUAAUUUUGCAGCAGUUCUCUAGCUUUUGUGUUCGCUGCCUGCAGAAAGGAAAGCCUCUUGAGAGAUAAACACCUUAUAGCAGAACAAAGUAGUAUUUAAUAAUGCUGCCUUUAAAUAACAUAUUCAACUUACAUGGUAUCUAAAGGGUCUUGGCUUAAUUCAUUGAAAUUUAUUUUUUCUAUGAUUUGGCAUUUCUGCUGGCUUGUUUAGGUAUUGAAGAUGAUGAUGCAUUUUUUAGAAGUAAAUUAUUUUAGAUGGCAAUCCAUAGUUAGGAAAUUGCUCUUAUAUGGAUUAGUGGUUACUGAUGUGUACUAGAAGUUACGAAUAUCAAUGGUGCAUUAUCAGUUUAAGACUGAAUGUAAAAUAAAAUGCACAUUAAAAAAUCCUAUCUGUAUGCAACACAUACAGUUUGUAUGAUGACAUGCAUCCUCUAUGGAAUGUAGCAUUUUUAUCAAAUGUUGGUUCACUUUAGUAUAUUUACAAGAGGUGAGAUUACAAGUACUGUACAGAUUUAUUCAGAGUAUAUGGCCAAUGCUGAUACUGAAUAUUGUGUGCCUUUAUCAAUGUAACCUUAUGCCCAGUGUUCCUAAUGUUGGGGUAGUCUCCCCCGCACUGAGGCAAGUGGAGAAGAGCUUUAUGACAGGGGACUUAGUGUGCAUGUUACUGUUUCUGCACCACCAGGAAACUGCUGGAUCAAGGUGCUGGUUAAUACUGAAUGCUUGCAUUCACUGCAUGUUCUAGUAGGCCCUUACCCAUAGUAAAAUAAUAAAAAUAAAAUACUAACUUGCUUGAAUCACAGUGCUUGCACAUUAUUUGCAAGUGGCAGAAGAACUACUUAACAUUUGAAAGUAUGCAUAGUAUUUUAUGCUGAAUAAAUGUAGAACUUUAUGUCCUAUGUACUUUGUUUUCUUGCUCUAGCUUGUGAGGUCUUUGUUGUUGGAAAUCAUUCGGCCUUACUCAUAAGGAGGAAUGAUGUAACUGUGCCUAACCAAUUUAGUCACCUGAAAGUUUCUUUUUAUUAGAUGGUUGUGAAUAUAAUUGGCCAUUUGCGUGUUCAGACCCAGAGACCUCCCCCCUAAAUAAAGACACAUUUGACUCAAAUUUUGGUUUGGUUUUUGGCAGAAUUUAGGCCAAUUUUAUUACAGAAAGUGAGCGGUUGCAUAGGCUCUGGUUCGAAUAGCUCCCUGCACCAUUGCAGGUAGCGCUGACCCAGAGCUCUAUCAUAGGUCAGCCAAGGGUGAACACCUGAGGUUGGCGGAAAGCCCAUGAACGGACUAUGUCCACUCCCCAGAUGCUCCCCUGGACUCAGGCACAGGCACAACCUGCGCUCGGGGGUUGACCAAACCAAGUUGAGUCCCUGGAUUCCUUUAACGGAAUACCCUUCACAUAGGGAUGGCGAGACAGUACUCCCAUCCCUAUCACCUGAACCAGUGUCUAUCCGCAACCUUAUGAAUUGUGAUGAUUUGCUACGUGGCAGGCGAAACCCAAAUGGCAACAGCCAAUCAGCCAAGGGGGGAAAAUUCCUGCUAUGCCCCUGUCCCAAUGACAGACGACACACGACGGCAUAGCAAGGUCAGUCACAAAAUAUCCUAAAUAUAGGGAGAGGUGGGCGGGUGUUCCGAUGCAUGAGCCGAAAGAGGAAGCUCUGGGUCACGUGCAUAGGCAUAUAUAGGUCCCUCGAUCCGUUUAGACUACACCCCAUUGGCCAGAUUAAACCCAGCAACAAGGGACCUACCAAUCGGGUGUUGUGGCUUGUCCAAUAUACCCACCCACAACACAGGAGGGCAGUCUCCAGGUCUCACCGCAACACCCUCUUUGAGGGAGGACAUGCUUUACUAAUGUUGGAGCGUCUAGCUGUCCUUACUCAGUGCCUUCAUUUGAAUUUGAUGGAUUUGGGUAAAAUGGAAUAGGAAUGAGAAUUCUAGUCUCUUACCGUAAUGGCAUUCCUUACCUGUACAUCCUCCCUCCCUUACUACAACUGGAGCCAGAUAUGAGGGCCCACUUGCUUUGCCAAUCCUAGCCCUGCCUAUGCCCAACUGAACACUACUUUUCUAAGAAGAAAAUGGGGAACACUUCAUCCUUUGCUACGUUGUAAUUUCCCCCCCUGAAAAUACUUGUAUGGCUUUUGGAAUAUGGUUAUUGAAAUGUGUUCUGAUGUCAUCCUCAAGAACCUUCCCUUAUUUGGUUAUAUUGGGCCUUCAGAUAGAUAAAAGCUUGCAUUUUUAGCACCAUAACUAGUGUCACAUUUGUCAUUGUGUUUAAAGACGAUCUUGUCUUCUCUGCAGAUCCAUUGGAGGUAUGCUUUAUAAACGUCACAGUUACUGAUACAUGCUGUUCCAUUGUUCAGUAACAGAGAAACCUUUAUUCUGAGACAAGAUUUCUGUUGAUAUUAAGAGGGAUAAACUGAAGUAGAGAAUCCUUGCAGUGAACUUAGUAUACAUUAGGGAUGAAGAACUCUGAAGGGGGCAUAUUAUUUCAAGGGCAAUCUGUUAGGAGCAAUAUGUGGGCAGUGGGUAGAGCCAAAGCUAGCAAUAGGUGGGAAAAGAGCUCAAAGUGCAUAGGGACACCUGAAAUUAGACUAUGGGUCACAGAUUGCCUACCCCUAACCUAAAUCUCUAAUACAUUAAUCAUAAUAUAUUCACUAAAUUUAUCUUAUUGUAACAUUAAAUGUAGCCUGCCCUCAGAAAAUGGAUCCUAUACAUAUUGUUAUACUAGAAACUUCUUUUUGGGAGGAGGUCCCCCUAAUAUUACCAGCCUUUGUGCUUGCUGAGAGACCACAUAACCCUCUCUUCACUCUGAGUUGUGGCUAGAUGUGGGACUUCUGCGUUACCAAAGCAUCAAUAUUAAUGACAUAGGAAGCCUAGACUUGUUCUAUUCAUAGAAUCAGAAUUGUUGAGUUGGAAGGCACCCCAAGAGUUAUCUACUCGAACCCCCUGCAAUGAAGGCAGUGUCUAUGAAUCCGGUCCACAUCCUCAAGCUAUGCAAACUUUAAAUAAUCCACACACCAAGCAGUCCUCAAUUAUACAUCCCCUGAAUUUGUAAUUGCUGUGGAAACCAAGGUGGAACAACUUUGUUCAGUGUUUCACAGCAUAGUCACAGUGUACUACAAAGUAGUCCCUUUAUCGCCAUCAUCCAUUUAUCCUCCCUUUUAAAUAGUCCCUGAGAAUUGCUCUUAGCAGCCAUGCAACAGGCAGAAACCAUACCUUUCUUGCAAUGAUGGGAGUUUGAGACAUGUCAGUUAAUGACAUCAGGGGUCACCAGAGGAAGCAUGUAAGUGAAUGGCUAAGGCAACACCAGCCCUGCUUGGUGAGAGACAACUAGGGAAAACUGUUCCUUUUGGGGCGAGGGGUUAUAAAUGUUUUCCUCCAGGAAGCUUAGGGCACAGGAUAGCUUCUAAUUAUGUGUAAAGGAAAUUAGUUUUCUUCAGUUUCUUUCUGUGUUAUUUUCCAAAAGCUGUCUUUAACUAAACAAUUGUCUGCAUGAAACAAAACUUCUCUUUCUCUCUCUUCCUCCUGUAGACUCAUCAUAUUUACCCUGGUGGUUCUACUAAUCAUCCAGAUUAGAUUUGGGGACAAUGCUGGGGAUGUGUAAGGAAAGAGAUCAAGAAGUUCCAGUGUUCUCACAGAAAUUGUUCCAUGCACACAAUGAUUUAGUUGGAUACAAUUCCAAAUGAGUUGAUAUUUUGGAAAGUUGUUGAGCAUGCAAUGGCUCGGUAACUUCAGGACCCAUCAUGUACCGUAUUUUUUGCCCUAUAGGACACACUUUUUCCCCUCCAAAAAUGAAGGGGAAAUGUGUGUGCGUCCUAUGGGGCGAAUACAGGCUUUCGCUGAAGCCUGGAGAGCGAGAGGGGUCGGUGCGCAACCACCCCUCUCGCUCUCCAGGCUUCAGGAAGCUCUGCGCAACCCUAGGGAGCCCGGCGCUGGGCUCCCGAGGGUUGCGCAGAGCUGCCUGCACUCCCGGGCUCGGCGCAGCUCCGCACAACCCUCCGGAGUCCACGCCGGGCUCCCGAGGGUUGCACGGAGCUGCCUGCUUCCCGGAGCGCAGGGCGCGCUGAAAGCAGAGCGCCCGGCGCUUCGGGAAGACAUCCACAGCCUAGGGAACCCUCCGGGAGUUCCCGCAGGGCUCCCUAGACUGCGGAUAGCAGCCUGCUUCCCGGAGCGCGGGGCGCGCUGGAAGCAGAGCGCCCGGCGCUUCGGGAAAACAUCCGCAGCCUGCUUCCCGGAGAGCGGGGCACGCUGAAAGCAGAGCGCCCGGCGCUUCGGGAAUACUUCCGCAGCCUAGGGAGCCCUGCGGGAGUUCCUGCAGGACUCCCUAGACUGCGGAUAGCAGCCUGCUGCACGGAGCACGGGGAGCGCUGAAGCAGAGCGCCCCGCGCUUUGGACAGACAUCGGGCAGCCCCACAAGCUCGGGGGACAGCAGGGAGGCGCAGCGCUGCCAUCCCGCUGUUCCCCAACCUGGUUUGGAUUCCCUGACCUGGUUUUGGGGGGGAAAUAAAGGAAAUUGUUUCUCCCUUUAUUUCCCCCCCAAAAAACUAGGUGCCUCCUAUGGGCCGGUGCGUCCUAUGGGACGGAAAAUACGGUACUUUGUGCCUUUUGGCACAAACUAGGAGGCCUCUUAACUCAGAUAUGGUUCAGUAACGGAAAUGAUACUUUGAUCACGGAGUAGUGCACCUGUAUGUUAAUCCUCAGUAUGGUGAAUACCAAUGGGCAAGUUUAAAAUAUUAAAUAUACAUCCAUUGUCCCAAGAGUUCUCGAUCAUGAUGCUCACACUACCUUGAGAUGCAGCCUUUGUGCAGUUGUGGGCACUGGUGGGGGUUAAAUGAGAUGGCUUUUGAGUUGCUCUUUUCAGGAUUGCUAACAUUCAUCACUUGAUUGUGUGUCUGAAAUUUUGAUGCUGAGAAAUCUAUUGGGGUGGGGUAGAUUUCCGGUCUGUGCCUGCAGAUUCCUGGGAGGGAGGCCCCAGUGAGUAAUGGUUGCUUAUCUUUCCUGUGCCAAAUUUGCAGUGUUUGCUCCUGUUUCCAAUCCUGUUAAACAAGUCUAUGAUGCUGCUGGGUGUCAUCAUUUCAUCAUCUGACUGACAAAAGAGCUCAGUAUCACCACUUUUACGUGCCCUAAGACCUAUAUUAUCUGUGUUUAUUCAGUGGUUGGGACUAAAAGCAAGCAUACUGAAACUAAAUUUAGGAAGACCAAGAAUCAGUACCUUUGACAAUAGGGAUUAGUGGACACUGGUUUAUAAUUAAUAGAGAUGAACCUCCAUUAGUUAGUUAGUUAGUUAUUUGAAGUAUAUGUGGCUCUAUUGUGGUACCUAGAAAUCAGGGUUUUAAUGGUGAUUAGGUGUUCUUUUGUCCAACACUAGCCAAUGAGAAAACUGCUACCCUUUUGGGCUGAUUCAGACCUUGCAGUACUUAUGCAUGUCUUCAUAAUAUCUAACCUGGUCACAGUAACAUAUUUUACUAUGGGGCUUUUGAAGUCAGUUUGUAAUCUGCCCCCUCCUCCAUGUGAUGUAUAUGUUGUAACAUGACUGUACUGACAGACAUCCCACCCCUGCUCCAUUUCAUAGGCUGCCACUUGUGGAAAUGGGGAAAGCUUGACAUCAUACUGACAUAAUAUCAAAACUUUAUCUCUAGUUGUUAUGGUGCCAGAGGGAAAAAUGAGCUGUGAAUCAUACCUCAGUUUUAAUGCUUAGUUCUAGCUUGAGAACGCUGCCGGCUCUUGGCAGUCUCUAGGGAUUCGUGAUGUUUAUCUUGGUUUUGUGGGCCUGUUCUGUCUACAGUUCAUCUAUUCCCUCACUGGGUAAUAUGAACAACACUGUAAUAUUGCUUCCAUAAAUUGAACUGUCACUUAGCUACUACAAGGCUGCAAUAUUGAUGCAGUACUGCAAUAAAAUAUGCACUGAUAAUUAAAAGGCUGAACAUACCAGGAUAAAUCUGAAUAUUUGCAGUAACCUAAAUAGCUGCUUUGAUGUAAUUGCUAUGACAAAUGUGAAUGUAACAUUUGCUUACAGCAUUUUGAAUCUACUUAGUUUACUGACUUUUGGACCCAUCUGUGUGAACACUCAUACUCUGAGCUUCAUGAUCAAGCAGUGAUUUGACCCUGUGAGCUUUGCAGGACCUAGAUGUGUGUUGUCUUUUUAUUAAUUACAUAUAUAAACCUAACAAUAUUAGAAGCUGCUUUUAAUAUUGUAGCUGCUCCCGCUACAAAAGCUUAUGCCAGAAUAAACUUGUUAAUCUUUAAAGUGCCAUAGGACUUUGUUAUAAGCAGACUAGUUUCAGGAUGCUUGAAGUGUGACCACAUCCUUCCCAUAGAAGCAUGGGCAGUGUUUAGGAGUAAACCAAGCUCCUUCCUGGCUCACAUAUCACAUGCUGAUUUUUUCAGCUUCUUGGCAGAGUAUUGACCUACUUCAUCUGUGAAACAGACAGCUGUGAAUCUUUGAGUUAGGGUGACUGGACUGGAGGCAGGCCAAUGUUUCAGCAUCUUUGCUUGCUUAACUGUGAUUCUUCCCCCAGAUAUCUAUUGCACUGAGUAAGCUAUUUUGAUUACUAUAUCUGUGCUUGAUUCACUGAAUGAAAACAAAAUUUCACCAUUUGAAUUAUUGCCCACCUUUGCACUUUGAGUUAUUUACAUAUCCUUUUUUAAAAGACUUUUUAUUGCUUAGAAGUGUGCAGAUGUACUUCCAAUAAACUCUGAAGAUCCGAUCAGUUUCAAUUUUGACUCAGUUAUCACUAAGAACAGCAGAAUGUCAAAACCACAGAGGGUCCUCAGCAAAGGAGGUGCCUAUAAUGCAGGACUUCUGAUAGCAUAUUCAUGCUGUACCUUCUCCACUUUCAGCUAUUCCCAGAUUGCAGCUUGUUUACUUUGUUCUGAGGCAGCUGUUACCUGCAUAGUCCCACCUCUUAAUCUGCAUGAACUGGUCUGGAAUCCAUGUUUCUCUCAUGCUAGAUUUGUGAUAUCUUGAAUGCCGGAGCUUGCUUUUUAUGUAUAGGAUUUUUUGGAUGCAUUUAAAAUGAAAGUAGAACCGCUGGAAGUUACCAUGUAAGUGAACUAUGUAAAAACUAGCUCCAUUCUCUAAAAUAAGUAAUAUAAUGUGGACUAGAAAUAUUAUAGACAGGAUGGGAGCAUUGCAGCUGUCUGGUCAUUUUAUAAAUGGAGGACCUUGAAUCCGUUCAUUUCUUCCGUUCCCAUAUAUUUCCAUCCUUAAGAUGGCUACAAGCACAAGUUGAUAGCUAUUGCUUGGGACAUACUAGUAUGGAAUUGUGAAUUAUUUCAGUUUAGCUAAUAUUCAGGAGUAUUUGUACUGUAGUUGCCAUAAAAACUGUGUUUGGAUUUCAGUCAUGUACUUAUUUUUCACAAUAUCUUCAAACUUUCUCAUUAGCUAUAAUGUAGGCUUGUCUCUCAGCAAGCAAUUUUCAUUUGAUUAGCUUUGCUUAACUAACAGGACAUUUAAUUACUGACCUGGGAUUGGUUUAAGUUUCCAGUUGUUUCUUUUAAGGCCACUUAAGUAUAUUUUUAAUACUCUUCCAGCUCGAGAUGCUGAUGAGAGGGAGAAAUGGAUUCAUGCUUUAGAGGAAACCAUCCUUCGUCAUACUCUUCAGCUUCAGGUGCGUUAGUCGGUUUAACCUAAGCUAAAAGAGAUGCAUUUGUUCUGCAUAAUACCUGUAUAAAAUGUAAUCCAUACUAAUCUCUAUUCCAUGAGUGUAUAUUUGUUCUUACAUUUAUUGUGAAAUUAAGCCAUAUAUCAUGUCUCCAUCUUGCAAAUAUAGCACCUCAGUUGAUAAAUUUUACAUUUAUUAUUGCUGGUCUGUGAAUGAGAAACCUUUGUAACUGAACUGGAGAUCUAAGAAUACAAUGAUGGGAAGAUUCCUGUGAUGAUUGUUAUGUGGACUCUACUCAAUGACCUGUUCGCAGUUUUAAUUUCUAUUUUCUUUACCUGAAACAAAGCCUUGGAUUAAAAAAAUAACAUAGAAUGGAGGCAAUGUUAAGAUCAUUAUAGGAAUCUUCAAGUCACUGCACCUCUGGAUCUCCAGUUCAUCCAAACAAUGAACCUGUACUCUUUGCCAAAAUCUUGCUUAUCAAACAUUGCUUAUGGUAGCAUACAAAUAACACUGAACUAUACAGAAACAUAUCCCAACUCCUUUGUUUUUGUAGUGCAUAAGGAUGGAGAAAUUAGUGCUGUCUGUGUUGCACAUUGGCAGAAGGGGAAAGGGAACCAAACAAAACUAAACCUGCAUAUUCUUGCUUUGAAGCCUUUGCUAUGUAAAUAUUCCUCCUGAGAAUAUUAGCCACUCCAAGGUGCUAUCACAGAAAGGGAUUGCUUUGGAGACACUGGCACAAACUAUGGAUAACAGCAGGUGCACUUUAAUAUUGAAGCUAAUGAGCAAAUGCAGAGGCACAACUGUCUUAAUAUUAAUGGGCAUCAAUCAUAGUGACGUCUCAAGUGAGAAACGUCUGAAAAUGGCAGCUUGGUACUGAAGCAUGCUUUACUUGGGCUUAAGCUGCAUUCAGGCCAGGUGAUGUUUUCUGCUCCCCUUCCUUCUCAUGGCUGCUCCGUGUGUCGCGCCCCCCCAAAAGGUGCUGGAAAUCAGGGGAACUAGAUUUUCCUAUGGCCUCAGCCCCACCUCAUGCUAUGGUGAAGAUUCCUUUGACAGGAGUAGCUUUCCAGACUGUGUAAGGUGCUGCUGGGCGGAAAACCCCCGAUGCGCAGAGUGGAGCUGGUCUAGCCUGGAUCCACGCCAGGGAUACCUAGUUCCAAAUAGUCAGGAUUCGCAGCCCUAACCUUGCAAAGGUUCUUAAAUGCGUUUAGUAUUCUUCAGAAACUGUCCACACGCUACGCUUAAACGACAGUGAGCUACAGAAAUCUAGGCGGAUGCGAAAAGUUAGUCUUAGCAUCUUAGCCAUGCCUGCUCAGAAGUAAGUCCUCUUAUAGGUAAAACGGGGGUCAGGAUUGCGAAAUGGAAAAGAGCGAUCGGCGCUGUAGCCAAUAAUAAGAAAGCUGCCGGAGGCAUUUCAGAUGAUGCAAGAAGGCAGGGGGCGGGUGAAAUAUCCGGAUGAGCCCGUGUCCUCCGUGGCGCUGCGCGUGAGGUUAGACUCCAAGCAGCCCACUGGGUAGCGAGGCGGCGGGCGAAGUCAGUCGGUGCUGCGGGGUCCAAGGCAGCCCUUCCAAUCAGGGCUUCCUUUCAGCGCGCGGCGAUUUGGUCUUCCUGCCCCGAUUGCAGCCUUGCUGGGUAGAGGCUACCGCUGAAGGCGGGAGAUUCCCGGGACGAAGGAUGCCCUCGAGAGAAAGCGGGAGGAAGCCGGCGGCGCCGGCUGGAAGGAAGCAGCCCGGUGUGUAUGGCUAUUAUGCGUCCCCCUCUCAGUCGGUGCGCGGGGCGGGGGAGAGGAAAGGGCCGGGCUGGGAGGCACCUGACCCGCAGCCAAUCGGGAGCCGGCUCGGUGCGAAGGAGAGCCUCGCUGCUUGCGAGCGGCGGGCUGGCGACGCGGCUUCCCUGCGGGCAGGGGGCCCAGCCGACGACAGACCCCGCCCGGCAGCGUGCCCGGGAGGGGAGGAAGCAUGGCUUGCGUGAGUAGAGCCGAGCGUUGGGGCGGUGCAGCGUCGACAUUGGCAGGAGGGGGCGCCCUCGAUCACCGUCGGCCUGCGCUUACGGAGGCCCACCCGGACGCCUGGGUUCUGUGGUCGACCCCGUGUAUAAUCGGGGUGGGUGGGGAGGAGAGGGUGCGUGCUGCGAAGCCCGCGGCCCUGAACCUGUACCUGCAGCCGGGGCCGGGGAGCGCACGCAGCAGCUCUAGCCAUUGAUCGCUGGAGAGGAAGAGCGCGGCGCUUGUGUGCGCGCUACACCAUGGGGUGCACUCACCCCCCCCCCCCAAGCAGCUCUGCCUGAUUUCAGUCCGGCAGGCUCCAUUGUCUGCCAUUGGUGGAAGUGGCUAAUUACUGCCACUGACUGCUGUUUAAAAACAAGCAGUUCCAGUUUGAUCACCUCGACCGCGAUAUAGGAGAUCGUUUCUAAAACCCACUCGAUGGUUAGCCUAGUUCGUAUUUCGGCUGCAGGAAAGUUAGUUUUCCUUUCACAUCCCAUUGAAAUCAGCUUCUUUCACAGUAUGUAGGUUUGAGUUAUGUUUUAUUUAGAAAAGGAUUUCUAUACCGCUGUGUCAUGGAACAUCAAAGUAGUGUACACUGUUAAAGCACACAACAUUAUUCAAAUAAGAAGACAUACUGAAAUGCUUCAGUUACUUCCAAGAGGUCAUAGGAACUUGGUCCUGUAGCCCAGAAUGGACAUGGAAGCCAAUCUCUCCCAGUGAUUAGAAAUGCUUCCCACAACUAAAGGAUCUUGUGAUCCUACCUUCCCUCAGCAUAUGCCCAACAUGUUUCCAUGACUUUCUGGAAACUGGGUGUAUUACUUUGCAGAUUAGGAAAAUUGGUCCUAGAAACAAUGGGGAGAGGGUAGGCACUACAGUUGCUGGGUAGACCCUGAUUUUUUUCUAAAGAAUUUCAAGAGCCGAAUACUUGCUGGUGAAACAACGUUGGGCAGGUAGCAUUUGUAGUGUAUUUCUUGUAGUGGUCAUGCUAUGUCCUAAAUGUUACAUAAUGUGGGGCAAACAUCCCAGUUUAUUUUAAGGAUCAUUCAGACUUCUACAGGAAAUAAGGUAUAACUCUAACAAGGAUCACAUACCUUUAGGCAUUUCACAGGAAGGAAAGAGUAACAAAUGUACAGGAUGCCCAAAGGGACUCAAGCACUGUUCUGUGGCCAUUUUGAGCAUUCAGUGUGCACUUCUGUGGUACUUCAGAAGGAAUUAAUGCAUUUCAGAGGUCACAAUUGGCUCCCAUGUUCUGGUGAGUGAGCUUAUAAGGCCUCUUUUAUAUAACCUGGUCAGGUAGAAUUGCUUUCUAAUGAAUGCUGAGGUACUUAAAUAGCUUAGUAAUCAUACUAGUUUAAAAAGGAAUGUAGUGCAGAACUUGUAACAUAAUGCUAAUAGCUUAAUUACUUGGUUUUUUAAUACCUCUAAGACUUGAGUAUAUUUAACUUCAUUUUCAUUGGAAAUAAUGCAAAAGCUCACUGAAAUACAUAAAAUGUAAAUGAGUUAACUAACAUUUAAAACUGAAUGAAGUUUGUAGCAUUUUAUGUCAUUUACAUGCAUGUGAUAGAUAGCUAUGAUAGAAGCACUGCACGUAUUUCACUAGAGGUCACAUUAUUGUGGAAACAGAUGCAGGGAAGUGAAAGAGUGACAGUUUGGAUUCUGUUAGGAAUCUUCUGUUCCUUAAAUAUUUUUUGUUAAAGUAUGUGUCUUCUAAAAUUGCUUCUCUUAAAAGUGAAGGUUGCUUAGCAUUUAAAACACCUACGCUAUAGCUUUUAAAUUGUGAGAAUUGAAGACAUAAUGAAUUUCUGUUUGUCUACUUGUCAUUUGCAAUCAUAAAACCUAGAAAUUUUAAACACCCCCAUGUAAUUCCUAACAAGGGAUCUUGACAUAGUGAAUUAUAGAUUUACAUGUAUCAGUUUAUGUGCUUGAUGUUCUGUCCAAAGUGUGCCUUUCUAGUUGGCAAUAACUUUUUAAGCCUUAUAUCCAUUUUGGAAGGGACGUAGGUGGCGCUGUGGUCUAAACCACUGAGCCUCUUGGGCUUGCCAAUCAGAAGGUCAGCGGUUCAAAUCCCCACGAUGGGGUGAGCUCCCGUUGUUUGGUCCCAGCUCCUGCCAAUCUAGCAGUUCAAAAGCACACCGAAAGUGCAAGUAUUAUCUACUUAUAAAUAGGUACCGCUCUGCGGGAAGGUAAACAGCGUUUCUGUGUGCUCUGGUUUCGGUGUUCCGUUGUGACAGAAGGGGCUUAGUCAUGUUGGCCACAUGACCUGGAAAAACUGUCUGUGGACAAAUGCCGGCUCCCUCGGCCUGUAAAGCGAGAUGAGUGCCGCAACCCCAGAAUCGUCUGCGACUGGACUUAAGUGUCAGGGGUCCUUUACCUUUACCUUUUUAUGCAUUUUGGAGGAUAAGAGAGGCUGUUUAAAUGAAGUAGAUGAAAAAGCAGAGGUGUGGAAAUACCCUUUCUUCUUGAUUCAUCUGUGGUCACAAUCCAGUGUAGAUUUUCAGCACAGUCUUGUGUGUGUUUAUCCUGGGGAUAUGAUUUUGAACACUGCGGGACUUCUUUCAGAGUAAACACGUAUAGGCUUGAACAAUUGAGCUGCUCUGGAUUGUUGCUUCUAUUUCUAUUAUUUGAGAAUUCAUUUGUAAGGCCUGGUUUUACAAGGAAACUUUAGUUGGAAGAGUAUUGGAUGCUUCACCUUAGUAACAAUUUUGCUGUGAUGUGGCUUACGUAGCAAAAUAGUUAACCUCACAAGAACAUAAUAUUUAGGCUUUAGAAUAGUGCUAGGAGAGCCCUAGUCCUCGCAGUGAGUUAAUCAUUUCACUAUGCUGACAUAUAUCUGUAGGAAUAAUAUAAUGUUCUAGCCUUUUUCAUUCUUUAAAGUGUAUCUAGGCAGGUUAUUCCAUGGUUUUGAAAUUUGCCCAGUUCAAUCCUGCAGCUAAUGAGGUGCUGUUCUGUGUGUUCUAUAAAUAUGUUCAAAUGCAUUUCUGUUACAUAGGGUGUGGAUCCUGGAUUUGUUCCCAGUGUCCAAGAUUUUGAUAAAAAACUUACAGAAGCUGAUGCUUAUCUACAAAUUUUGAUAGACCAAUUGAAGGUAUGUUGAACUUGCUGUUGUAACCGGACUUUACAAUAAUCUAGUAAAUAUGCACUUUGAUUUCUCCCUGACUUCCAUGGUAUAAAUGGGUUAUGAAAGAUUGUCAUCAUUGAAGCUCAUUGAUCCAUGUUUUCGUUAAGUAGUUAGAUGGGUUUCAGAAAUUUAACAGCAGUUCCUGCUAAAAGACUAUAUCUCUAAGACAGGCAUGUCCAAAGUCCAUUUUGGGGGAAUAAUCCGGCCCGCCAGUUGGUUUAAUCCGGCUCCUGUGGUAGUUUAUUUCCUGGGGUAAAAUCCUAACUAAACUAAAAAACCCUCAACAGCUUCAAUCCUUAAAAAAGGUUAACAAGUUUGGUCGGCCCUUUGGUCGGCCCUCACAGCCCUUCACUUCAUAAAAUCUGGCCCUCUUUGAAAAAAGUUUGGACACCACUGGCUAGGGAGUCUGGAUGAAGAUUUCAGUAUUCUAGUUCUUCAUUCCUAACCUGUUCCUUAGAACAGUGAAACUAAGCUAGGAGCAAUAAGUAGCUUGAAUACAAUCUAAUUUGUGUCGUGCAGUCUUUAAAUUGUACAAUACUGAAUUAAAACUAAAAAUCAGGCAAAACCUAAAAUUUCCCAGUCAUCUAUGACACAGGUCAACUGUAGAGACUUGGAUCACAAGCAUACUUGAAUUUUUUUCUGUUUUUUGGUUUUUUUUUUUUAAAAAGCUGUUUUAAAACAGUAGUUCCUGUACUGUUUAUUAUAUAUAUUGGGAGAGAGAGAGUAAAUGUUGCCCUUGUGAUUUAUCCUAGAUAUGUUUAACAUAUUUAAUAUUUGAAAUGGGGUAAGCAUUUGAGAAGUAAAAAUAUGUGCAAGAGAGGUUCUGUUUUGCAUGCCUUGAAGGCUUAAAGCUUAUUCAAUCAUUUACAGAGUGGUGGCUAGCCUGUAACCUUCUAGAUGUUGUUGGAUUCCAACUGGCACCAUCCCUGAUCAUUGGCCAUGCUGGCUGGAACUGAAGGGAAUUAUCAUUGAACUCCAUCUGGAGGGACACAGAGUCUCCAUCUCUGCUUUACAUGCAGCACAUUAUUUUGUGUUGUAAAGAAACUGUCUAAAGAUCUUUAGCUCAGACAUUAUAUUGACUGGAAACAGAUAAUUAAGGAGACAGAAGCAACAGAACACAGAACAAUUUUAAGCACUUUCUUUGGCUUUUUAAAAAUGUAAUUCUGUAAUCAUAAAGAAGCCCUCAUCCCCUCCAAAUAGUUUCAUGUUUGGGGUAAAGACAAAACAUCUUUCCUGACUUAGUAGGUGAUAUCGAUUAUUAUUUUUGUGUGAAAUACUGAUGAUUAAGACCACUAGUAAUUUAGACAUGUUUCUGGUAAGAUGGAACCAAAUGAUCAGCAGACUCUGGAUGUUUUUAAAAUAAAUAAAUAAAUUGCUAUCCUGUUUGCAUUUUAAAAGCUUUACUAACAAUGUUUGAUACUGUGUGCCUUUUUCUUUUUAGCUCUUUGAUGAAAAGCUUCAGAACUGCAAAGAUGACGAACAGAGAAAAGCAAGUAUACUUUUUAUAUAGAUGUUGAUUCUUCCUCUCCCUGAAGUUCACUUUUCAGCCUUCCUGUAAUUGACUAAAAUGCAAUUUAAGCACUCCUUUUAUAUACAGCUGAUAACUUGCAUUCAGCGUUGCUUUAUAGAUUUUUAUUUUUUUUAGUUGUUGGGACGGAAAACACUUGUAAUAAUAAUUGCUAACAGUUCUUCAAUUGUUCCAUUACAGUGGAAUAUAAUUAAAAAGAUGAAAACAAGCUUGGAGAGCCAUAGAAAAGGUUUUAUCCUAUUAUUUCAAUAAGUUUCAUGCUGCAGUUGUUUUAAAUAUUUUUUCUCUGUGAGCUUCCUGGAGAAGUCAGUUAUUGGAAGUUCAGUUAGCAAUGCCUUGUGCCCCACUCACUUUUCAUGAACUAUUGUACCAUUAGCAUAGUUCAUAGGGCUCAAUGAAAUAAGUAAUGUAAGGAUGAAAUAAGGAGCAUAAGAUGACAAGGCGUCUGACUGUUAACCAGAAGGUUGGUGGUUGCAGUGGGUUUGACUAGAUGCCCCUUGGGGUCCCUUCCAGCUCUACAUUUCUAUGAUUCUACACAUGUCAGGUAAAAUUAUAUAUCCAAUUCAAAUAAAAGUUAAGUUCACGCUUUAGUCAAUUACUGAGAAGUAAUUGGGCUUCUCUUUGCAAUAACUUCCAGCACUGUUAGAAUGAUUUUAAACCAACUAGCCAUGUGGCUGGCUUUUUGUGUUCUAGAACAGGGUAAUUUGCUAACUGUACUUCAUAUUUUAGAUUGUAAUCUAGCACUUGGCACUGUCUUAUCAUUAUACAAUCUUGCCGCUGGGGUGUGACCUUGUACUUGUUUGGCCUCUAGUCUUAAUUUGUUGUAAUGGCAGAUUAGUGUUGCAACAGAUGAGCUGUUUUCUUCCUGAUUUGUUGUGGCAUUCAGUAUUUUAAAGCUGCUUCCUCUCAUGCAGAAGGAAGAGGUUCCAGUUACACUCACCCCAAAGUAUUUCUUAAAAAUCUGCAUGAUAUUAUUAUUGUUAUUGUUAUUAUUAUUAUUAUUAUUUACCCUGCCCCUCUGGGUUGCCCCAGCCAUUCCAGGCAGCUAACAACUUCAGUAAUGCUAGACAUUUUCUGAUUAAGCAAUAAGGUAGUUAUUUCCCCUGACUCAAGACAACUAGCAGCUGCUUCCUGUAGAAAUGUAGUUUAAGGAAAUGUUACUGGAAACCAUGACAUCACUUCUCUUUUCCUUUUAAUCUUUAUGGAAAGCUGUGUCAAAACUGUCACAUCUAUAGACCCUGUAGAAAAAUAGAUGCCACAACAGGACAACACAUAACGCUAAGCCAAACAAUGACAUAGAGCGAACAUGCAGGUUCCUAGAGGGGAUCACAGCUGCUGCACUCCUACCCUAGUACUCCUCCUGCUGCUGCACUACCCAGAGCUAAAUCAUGAUUUGGAUUGCUGUGUCACUUAUAGUUUAUCUUUCUUCAGACAAACCUGAGCUUUGACCAAAGUUUGUUUUUGGUCUACAUAGACGGGGGGAAAGGCAGACUUGAGUCUUCACUGUAUUGAACAAGUGUGUGGCAGUUUGGAACAACCUAAGACAAUUAACAAUAUGAAGAUGAAUCACGCUGUCUGAACAAUUCUGUACUUGCAUGAUUUCACACACAAGUAUAGGAAUACAGUGUCUGAACUGAUUCAAAUGAAAAUAUAUCACUUUCAGUUGGGAUAAAUGUGGAAUGAAGAUUAAAUUUUCUGGAUGAACAUGUUUCAGUUGAAGCCGCCUUGUACAGUACUUGCUUUCAAGCUUUCUCUUUAGACUAUUUAUCUGCAGGGUGGGAUGGGAAUGUAAACCAAGCAUUAAUAAUCUUUGGUUGUUCAGCAGGGCACGGUUUAACAGUGCAUCAUGCGAGAAAAAGCACUACCCUUACAAUUUGCACAACACACCCUUUGCUUAAAGUCGUCUUCUAUUGCUGUUGGGCAACCCUUUUCUAAAGCAAAUUGCAUUCCUGGUACUCUUUUAAUUAUCUAGAAAUGGUUGCAAAGCGGUCACAGUGUAAUAAUGGAAUAUGUCUGCUUUGAUUGCAGUAAGGAUCCUGUUGUUUUCAUUCAGCAGGAUCCCGGGUGCAAAAGGCAGCGAAGACAUUUUCCCUCGAUCUUGGAGAGCUGUUGGAGUAGACAAUACUUAGUCCAUAUAGCUCUGCACAGUGCUGCUUCAUAUAUUAAGCUUAUAUUUUAUGUGAACGUUUUAAAUAAACAAUAACUAACAAGAAGCAAUCUUGAAGAUGAGUAACUUCACAUUGCUAAAGACCUUGCUUUUCUUUUCUUUUCUUUUCUUUUCCUCCAGAAGAUUGAAGACCUCAAAGAAACAACCAGUGUAAGUAUGGGUUUAAUCAUUACAUAUUUUAAAGCAACUUAAGGGCUUGGCUUGGAUCUGUGUUAAAUUCCUCUUUAGCUAUUUCCUCUGCUGACAGGCACUUAGAAUGGAAUGGUGGGAGAUCAGUUGCCCCCCCCCCCCCAAAUCUCCCAAGUGGCCUGCUGGCAAAUGCAGAGAACCUGCUUCUCCUUAUGCCACCUGAUUAGAGGAGGGGGAAUGGAUUGUACCAUAUGUUCAGGAGGGAGGGGUCAUCCUCUCCCUUCUGUGGUCCAAAUUAUCUUCAUAUUUGUCUUUUGAUGGAAAUGGCGAUUGAGACUGUGCCCUACAAUUAUGUUCCGUGUUUAUAUUAAAUAGAAAAUAUAGUAGUGUUUUAGAAUAUUUUUAUGCUCGAUGGUAACCUGCUUAACAGUCAGGUCUUUGAAAGCAUGACACAAAAUAACUUGACACAUUUACUAGUCCUGUUGCUUUUUGGAGUAUAUAUUUUAUUGUAUUUUCAUAACUUAAUGAUAAAAUCUGAGCAACAAAAGCAGCUCUAAUCCUUCUGUUGUGAAGGUAUUGUUUAGGUAUUGUCAACUUGGUGCCCUCCAGAUAUUUUGAGCUACAGCUCCCAUUAUCCUAGGGGAUUGGGACCAGUGAAAGCUUUUGUCCAAAACCUUCGCAGGGCACCGGUGGCUAGGCCGAUUUAGACAAUAUCUUGCUUGUGCAAUAACCUGCAGGAUGUCAGUUAACUUUAAAGUUAACUGCCCUUAGAAAAAGAAGUAGCUUCUUUCACCCAUCAAAUGUUCUUUCCCUGUGUGGCUUUAGCUAUAUAAAUUGGGGAAAUAAUGAUCCAUUAAAACUAUUAGCAAAAUAGUUACUGAUUUUCUCCACCCUGUUCACUCAUUCGAGUGCAGAAUAAUAAUAAUAAUAAUAAUAAUAAUAAUAAUAAUAAUAAUAAAUUUUAUUUAUAUCCCGCCCUCCCCAGCCGAAGCCGGGCUCAGGGCGGCUAACAACAAUAAAACAAUGUUAUCAUAAAUGAAUUCUUACAAGAUAUCUAUGGCAAAUAAGUACUAAACUGAUAAUGAACAUACUAACCAAAGGAAGUACUUUGCUUCCUUAACACACUAUUCUAAGCAGUAAAAGUUUUGUAGAAAUACUAACAUGUUUAUUUUUUUCCCCCUUAGAGCAUGGUUGAAUCAAUAAAACACUGCAUUGUGUUGCUGCAGAUUGCUAAAGUAAGUAUCUGUGUUGGAAAAUGCAAUAAAAAGUGUUUGCAGUAUAAUGUUGUUUUCUGGAAGAAAUCAUUCUGUGCUAUUAUAUUGUAGAGGCAUUGAACCAUCAAAGUUAAUAAGAAUUGGAAGGUAUAGAUAUAUGUACAUUUAUAUGACUUGAUUAUUUCCCCUCCUGUUGCAUUCUGUAGGUAGAUUGAUAAAUACUGUAAGUAGAUUGCCAGGGGUAUAUGAAUGUACAUUGUAUAAGUUAUACAAUGCAUACAAUAGCAUACUCAAUGCUGUGCCAUUCUUCAUAUUAAAGUGGUGAUUAUACUGACCUAUUGAUCCUGACAAAGUGGUGUUUACCAUAAUCUCAAAUGUUGUGACUGUGCUCUUCAUGCUUUGUUUGAGCAUACAUAAAAACAGAUUCUUUAUGUCAGUGCCUACAUUGGUUUGAUUACUUUUGGUGUUUUAAACAUUCACAAGCAACUAUUUUGUGGAAGCCCCCAGGUUGGAAGUAUGAUGAAACAAAUGUUUUUAAAAAGCGCUCUGCUAGGUUGUACAUGAACAGUAUAAAUAACAGAAUUAUAGUCUAUUAAAGAUUGAUCUUGAAAUUUGAUGGUGCUUGUGCCUUCAAAAACUCAUCUUGAAUAUCAGUGUCUGAUAACUGAGUUAAAACAUGUUCCUCCUUUAACAAUGGGCCUUGGAUAGAGAAUUGAUAAAAUGGAGCAAUUUUGGCAUGAAAAGUUAUUGGAUAUGUAUGGUUAAAGCCCUUACUCACCAAAUGGGUUUGCAUGUACUAAUCUACUCUAAAAUUUUGGAUUUAUUCUCUAAUCUUAAUAGGCCUAAUAAUUCCUAACCUAUAGCACUGAAGUUCCUGCCAUAUCAGAAGUGAAAAACCCACUAAGUUUUUCUGGGCAUCUUAAAAUCCUAAUCGUAAACUGGAUUAUGGAACUUUUAUACAUGAUCAAAGAAGGUGAGCCCCAGUGAGCUUGUGCUGUAGUACAACGUUGUAAUAGGUUUCUCCAAAGAGUAUAUAGCUCCCAUUAAUAAUGGACUAACAAGGUGGAGAAGAGGGUGAGACUUGCUUGUGGUGUAAGGAUACUUUUUGCUCAUUUUCUUCUGUGAAAACAUGGAAGAUAUGCUGCAUGUCUCACUGCUGAAGAGGGAAUGUACCAUCUGCAAAACUGAAGAUAAGCAUAAAUACAACAAAGUUUCUGGAGUAACAAAAGGAUGUACAAGUGUUGCUAGCACUUAAAAACUUCAUGAAUAGCCUGGAAGAAAUCUUUGUCAUAUGCCGCUAUCCGGUGAAUCUUUGUGACAUGAACACAACCACAUUCUACACUGCACACAACUUAAAAUAUUCCUGCAUUGCAAGGGGUUGGACUGAAUGACCCUUGCGGGCCCUUCCAACUCUACCAUUCUAUGAUUUUAUACUCUAAAAUUUUAUUUUGGUGAAGAAACAAAACACCUUCAGUGCUGUUUGUUGUCCAUAUGUCUCUGGCCAAGCGUGCCAAUUUACUAAAGAAGUCAAUGACGGGGAAGUCAUUGCUGGUCAGGGUAGGGAGUUCUGGGUCAGAUAAACUGUUGAUCUGCCUUGGAAUAAGUUGGAUUUAUAAACAUACUGUUCAGAAUUUUGAAUGGGCAGUUGCACAAGAUUGUAAAAUGCAUCUAUUAAUAAUGUAUCUGAUGCUUAGGCUUUUCUCCUUUGAUGUCCAAAUUUCCCCAUACCCAUGCCAGUUAAGAAAGCUUCCAUAGAAAGUGCAAAAGGAAAGAUGGGGAAAGAGAAUGAGUCAUUCAUCCACAAAAGAGACCUUUGCUGCUGCUCUCUCUCUCUCCAUAACCCAUUUGUUAUAAUGUUUAGUGCACCCUUAUCCCAGUUUUGUUCUUGGAACAUACCUUGCCUUGCAAACCCAUGCAUACCUAAGGCAGACAAUACUGAAGGCUUCUGAUCUGGCAGAAUUUUGGGAGGCUUCUUUUGCUAAUUCUAUCUUUCCCUUUAACCCCAAUCCUGUGUCCCACAUCAUUCUGAGGGUUCUGGGGGCUGCAGCAGAAGGGGAGAAUUGGCAGAAGUUGUUCCCUUACCACCAACAGUAGGAGCACCCCCUGAGUGAAACGCCACUCGAGAUACUCCUGCCUGCAGCCGUAAAGUUUGGAUCCAGCCCAAUAUCUCAGACUCCAAUGCAUUAAGAUAGGGAUAGGGAACUUUUUGCAGCUUGUGUCACAUUCCCUAAUAAGCCUGCUUCCAUGAGAUGCAUAUCAGUGGUGAGCAAGAUCAGAGGUGAAAGUAGGUAUGAGGAGAGGCAAAUGUGAGUAGAGACACUCACCUUUUAUAGGCCUCCUAGCCACACGAUAGGCAAAGGUUUCUAUAUAUGCAUCCCUCCACUUCCAGUCAGAUGAGCGAGAGGCAAUAUCCCAAUUCAAGGACUCUGUUGAGGCUGUGGAGCGAUGCUGGUGAAUUGUAUGGAAAGGGGGCAUUGCAUGGUUAGAGUCCCAUGGGCCAGAUAAAGAGAUGGCGUUCCUACUAACAUAGAAUUGUUCAUAACUCCCUGCCAGCCUUAUGUCUUCUCAAUCCAUUUAUAAUAUUUUAAAACCAUCAAGAUAAAACUGAUGUUUGAGGCCCUCAUCUAUUCCCUCCUAGCUCUAAAAAUAGUGCCAUGCUUUGAGCAGCAUUUACUUGAAAGAAUUAGGAAUUCAGCUCCUGCAAACCCACAAUAGGUUCCAUGGGAAAUGUGCAAGAGAAAUCAAAGUAGCUAGGUUUUUUUCUGACUCAAGUUAUAGGACCUUGGGUGACUUGGAAUAAUGGACUUUGUAUGAUUAUGCUUUAGGUUGAGAAAACAUAAAGCUACCUUCGUUUUUGUAGCGGCUUUAUUUUAGCAAAAUGCAAGCCUUUUCUUGUCCCUGGUCCACAAAAAAAGAGCAUAGAGCAUGAUCACUGUGCAUUUAAUAUAUGUGUGUGCAUGUUUCAAUGAAUAUUUGGGAUUAGUGUAAUUGCCUUUGUCAUUACAUGAUUAUGCAUUGGAUCUUGUUUCCAUUCUGUGGAUUCUACAAUGGAUGAUUGGCUGUACUCCACCACGGAGUUUGUAUAUUAUUUUAAUGACUUUAAUUAAUUAAGUUUUCAACAUUAAAAAUUACAUAUAUUCUUUUAGAAUAAUCUGAUUAGGAACUCUCAUCUCUCAAGUAUAUGCAUAUGCCACAGAUUAGGAGAUAUGAUAGCCAUGUGCAAUUAUCUUAAGGGCUGUCACAUGGAAGAGGGAGCCUGCUUUUUUUCUCCUGCUCUGGAGGAUAGGACUCAAGUUGCAAGGAAGGAGGUUCCAAUUAAACAUUUGGGAAAACUUUCUGACAGUAAGAGUUGUUCAGCAUUGGAACAGACUCCCACUAGAGGUGGUGGACACUCUUUCCUUGGAGGUUUUUAAACACAGGUUGGAUGGCCAUCUGUCAUGGAUGCUUUAGCUGAAAUCCCUGCAUUGCAGGGGAUUGAACUAGAUGGCCCUUGGGGUCCCUUCCAACUCUAUGAUUCCGUGUUUAAGUAUUAAAUAAAAUACUAAUAUUCAUCAUUUAAUUACAGUCCCAAUAAAGUUGUUAAUGCAUGUUAUGAUUGGUUCCCAGCAUUCUUCUGUUACCGUAUAGUCUUCAGUAUGGCUUUUGAUAUACUGGCAGUUUUAUUCAACAUCACCUCCAUUGUUUAGAGCUGUUUCUGUAUCCAGCUCUGUCCCUGGAGGCCCAGGUAUCAUCAGUGGCUAGAAGAGUCUUUUACCAGCUGUGACUGGUGCUACAGCUAUGGCUGUUCCUGGACCACGAGAGCUUGAUCACGGUAGUUCAGCCACUGGUGACUUCCAAGAUUGGAUGACUGCAGUACACUCUGUGUGGGGUUUCCCUUGUGCUUAAUCCAAAAGCCUACAGUUCGUGAGGAAUGUUGCAACACGGUUGCUGCCAGGAGUGAGACCCUCUCAGCAUGUAACAUCUCUACUCAGAGAUCUGCACUGGCUGCCGGUUUGCUACCAGGCCAAGUUCAAGGUGUUACUGUUAGUCUGUAAAGCCUUUAGCAGCUUGGUACCACUUUACUUGCAGCUUCAUCUUGCCCCAUGUGUGCCCACUCAGCUGCUUUGAUCCCCAGAACGGGCACUGUUAAAGGUGCCACAUAAUAUGCAAUCUUCUAGUGUGGGAGCAGCUAUACUUUGGGACUCACUGCCUAGUGACAUCAGGCAAGUAGGUCCCUUCACUGUGCUCUUUUGGUACCUACUCAAUGAUGAAAUUUUGAAGUAAUUUCCAGCUGAUAUUUCUGAUUGGCACUUCCUCAGUUAAACCAUGUUCAAUCCCUCCCCCAACCAUGAAGCUUACCGUGUGACCUUUGGCCAGUGGUGCAUACUCAGCCCAACAAGGCUCAGCCCAUGAAACUAAUACGGGGUGGGAAAAGACAACCUUGGACUCCACCUUGAGUUCAUUGGAAGAAGGGCAGGAUAAUUUUGUUUUGUCUGGUUCAUUGUUUGUAUCGAGGAGAAUCCUAGACUUCAUAAAAGGAAAAUCUGCUAAAUGUUGGUGUACUCUGGUUAACUACGGAUUACUUGUACUGUAUAGGGAGAUGCAGUUUGAAUGUAAGAUGAAUGACAAUUCAUUCACAGCUAAGGUACAGCUGAGGAGUAGGAUGGAACCUUGCACCUGAAAGAAGGGAAAAUACAUGAUCCUACAGCCUAUACCUAAUCCCUUAACCAUUUUUGAAGGGUUGGCUAGCAUUACACUUACUCUAGACCACAGAGAUAAAACCUGUGAGGGGUUUAUUUAACUGGUACUGAGGCAUUUUGUCAUGGCCAAAUAAACCUUUCACUAUUGUGCUUUUCUUUUAAGUGACUUGUAAUUUUUUCCAGGUGAUAGUUUCCAAAACAUCAAGGAGCAUGUCACAGAAAUACCUUGCAUGUCACAGAAAUAUCUUGCAAGUGUCUAAGCAUUUGUGCAGGCCUCUUCAUGAUACUUGGUAAUAAAUAGAACUGGUAGAUACAUAGCAGCAUGCCUCUUCAGUGUUAUAUUCACCUGACAGAAAGCGCUUUUCAGUAUUGAUAUGUUAGCCUUUAUUAUCUUCAGAUGAUAGCAAACAUAGCUAGGUAUUGUAAGAUGAUACCCAUGGCUUAUAAAGUGCAAGGUUUCUAAUGGUUAAUCAGUUUCUUUUCCUUCAGAAACAUUUCACUUUCAGAACAUCUAGUAAAAAAUUCCGGAGAGAAACAAUUAUUCUCAUAUAAGCAAAGACAUGGCAUCUAGUAAAAAAAUGAUAUGUUAAUAUUUGUAACAUUUUUCCUUAAGGACCAAAGUAAUGAGGAGAAGCACGCAGAUGGACUUAUAGUAAGUUUAAAUCUAAUCUUUCAAUCUCCCUUUAUUUCGGCAGAACGUUAAGGCUGCAGUCAUGUGGCCACAGGGGCUUGAACUUCCAUUCAAUUUUGACAUUCUUUUUCUUAGUCACAUCUUCUGGUGUCUCCUCAAUAUGUUGUCACUUUCCUUAAGCUUCAAAAAUCACAAUUAAGAAUAUUAAAUUCCAGCUUCGCUUUUAUCACCACUAUUUCUUAUUAAUGAAGCAAAUUUAAACCCGCAAUGGGGAAAAACUGGGAUGAUAACUUGGUCACUCUUCUUGUACCUGAAAUGCACGUGCUUUCAGAAUAACAUUUCUUUAUAAUACUGCUUUUGAAAUACAUGCUAGAAGUUUCUGUCACGUUGCUUUGUUGUAUAUACUUCAUGUAACUUUACUUCUGUCUUCCAUUUGUAUACAUUUUCCUGAUUCUGAGUGUUUGUAAAUUGGUAGGAACUUACAUUGGCAUUUUAGCUUAAACAAGAGCAGAACAGUUAUGUGAAGUAGCUUGUUUUUCUUAUUUUCUAGUUGACCCUACAUUUUAAUAAAUAGUUGGGAACUUUUUUCAUGGCCCAUUUCCCUCGUUGCUGAAACUUAAAAACACAUUUUAAGACCCUUAGAACUACAGGAAACAAAGUAGUGCUGGACCCCAUGAGACAAGAGUGUAACUGCAGUCUGGUAGGGUAAGUGUAGGUCUGUUUUUAAGAAAACCCUCAUCAUGCCAUAAAGUUGGGAAUAUAAAGUACCUUCUAUAUACUGUAUAUGAUAUCACUAGUGAAUCACAAGACAGUCACAGUGAGAAUUCCCCUAUAAAUAAAGUUGGUGAACUAGUUUGCAAAGUUUAAGGAUAGCCUUUAACUGUAUGAGUUCAUAUGCAUUCAUUAAUGGUCUCAAAGGAGAUUAUGUCUUAUAAAUGUGGAAAUUCAAAGCAAGUUCUUCCUUUCUGCUACAACAAGUUUGAAAAUAAGAUGUGGGUUCAUAGCAUCAAAUCAAUAGAUUAUAAAUAACUUCUAAACACUGCAGCAUUCUGGGAGCAAUGGAGAAUGCAGUUUUAAGAGGAAUAGUAAUUACUCAGGAAUGGCAGAUCUGCAGUUAAGGAACUUGAUUGCCAGGAUUUCUUGUGAUGAGCAUAAUAAACAAGGCCUUAGUCCUCUUGAGUUUCCAAUUUAAACAGUACUGAGCUCCUACCAGUUCUCAAACUUACUUGUACUGUAUUACCAUUCAAAAUAUUUCCGGUCAUGUUUAUCUGUUUUUGCUUGAACCCUUAGAUACACAAUGUGUUAAUCUUCUACUUUUCUAGUGUUUUAAUUGGUGUUGCUUGUAGAUUAAUAGGAGGCUGGCUGUGAAGACUUUGCAGAGUUUAUAAUUAAAUGAAAGCUUUUCAAUCACAUUGAACACAAGAUGUUAUUUCCUAUAAGCUUGAAAUCAACAUAGCAUAACACACACCUUUUAAAAAUAACACUGAAGAGCUUGUAGAAAGGAUUGAAUGUCCUUAACAUGAACAAGUUAUUUCUAAAACAUCAACAUUGAAUGGUCCAGUUUCAUUUAGUUUACCUGGAGAAAACAUUUGACUUGAAAUCCUAGAAGCCUUAAUUUAUUUAAGCCAUUUAUAGAUAGUUAUCAAUAUAUCUCGAAGCAGUUUACAUAAGAAAAAAAUCCAGGUACAAUAAACACAACAACUUUAGAGAGAAGAAAAUCCAAGUACUAUAUAUAAAUAUACAGUACAGCGUAACAUUCAAAGGUGUAACAAUCAUCCAUAUAAAAUGCUGAAAAAGAUUUGUUAAACUUUGCAUCUGUAGGCUUAAUUUAGCUAUCUUUUCUGUUUGUAGAGUUUUCCCUGGUACAAUUUUCUAUCUUGCAAUAUAUUUAACAACUUGUAAGAGCCUUCCCCCUCUGACUUGUUGGAACCAGCUCAUGAAAAACCUUCAACCAAGAACCUCCCAAUAAAGCUAGUUUGACACAACACUGUUAUAACUAUUAAAUAUGACCAGUAAAAUAAACAAAGCUGCCUUGUGGUGAAAUGUAGAAACGUGUUGAUUAUUGUUGUUCACUUACGGUCUUCCUUUUUAGACAAGUGUACAAGAUGCUUUCAUAAAAUAGUAGUAUAAUACAAAACACAGUUAUAACCUAAAACUAAAGAACCCAGACGGCAGCAAAGUAUGUGAUAAAAUUGCAGUUCUAAAAAGGUUUGCUAACUCCUACCUGAAAACAGACAGUCAAGAGGCCAAGCAUUUUUCAGAGGCCUUUCCACAUCCUGGGUGCUAUGACUGAAAGGGCGCUCUUGCAUGUAUCCAACUUCAUCUCAGACAGAAUCAGAACCUGCGUGAGGCCCUCUAAAGUAGAGUGAGCAUCCUGUACAGGUUCAUAUUGGGAAUAGGGAAACGACUUUCCUGAGAGAUUCUGGUUCUAAACCAUUUAGGGCUCUGAAGAUAAUAGGUUGCACAUUGAUUUGAAACUUGACGCAAAUUGGUGAAGUUGGUAGAGGAUAGGUGCAAUGUGAUCUAAAAUGGACAGCUCCCAUCAGAACCCUCACUGUUUCUGACCAAUUGAAGCUCCCAAUUAUCUCAAGGGGCAGUGCUAUGUAAAGCAAAUUCCAAUAAUCUAACAUGUAAGUUGAAAAGCUAUAAUGCUAUUUGAGGAGUUCAACUCUAUCCAGAACAAGCCGAAUAUCUGGUCCGUUGUCCUUAAAACUCCAGCCAAUAGUGCUUCUAACUUGUCUGAAAUUACUUUCAGAUGAGUAUAUUGUAAUUUAAAAUGCAUUAAGAGUAUCCAUGUUUUUAAAACAUACCGUGAUAUUUGCAGGGUUGAAUUAGCUUGAUUUUUUUUCAGUAUGAUAGCCUCCUAAUUAUCUAUUGUAGUUUUAAUUUUGAAAACUUGUUUCCUGAUUGUACGCAUAGUAAAAUGCAUGAUUCUUUAGUUCUGUAACAAUCUGACUAGCCUUUUUCCCUCAAGUACAGAUUCUCUGGUAUACCAAUAUAAUCAUAAUGUAAUAAGGAACUGAGGUGAAUGAAACUGAAAUGCCUGAAAAUGAAUAUUUUGGUGUCAUCACUUCAGAUGUCUGAAAGUCUGUCAACGUUCUCUGAUAAAUUAUCACCAGGUUUUGAUAAUGUCUUUCAAAACCUUGACUAGAUUUGACGACUAUGGAAUAAAAGCCUUUGCAUUGACAUUACGUAGUGUUUGGUACAAGGACUAAGGAAUUAGUAUUCCAGAAUUUCCCAGUGCUUUGUCCCAACUGUUUCGUCCUUACUGCUGUUCUUCAGGCACACCAUUCACAAAUACUCUUCUGAGAUUAACUAGAGAUAGUAUUUAUUAGAGAGGGAGGAGAGGAUCAAGAUUUCACCUUCGCUAUGGGGAAAAAUAUUAGUAACUAACCGUGCUCGUAAUUAUACCUAAUGCCGUGGUAGUUAGAUCACACCCAUUCUCUCAACUGGCAUGAUUUUUGUGUUUGUAGAAUUAAUAAUACUGACUUUUAAACACAACUCAUUUUGACACUGAACAGUAAAGCAUUAUUCUCAAAGAUCCAUAAAAGUCUUUAGAAUAGGAGUGGGCAAGCUGUGACCCUCCAUAUGUUGUUGACCUCAAACUUCCAUCAGCCCUCACCAUUGGCCGUGUUAGGCAGGAUAGAGGGGAGUUGGAGUCCAACAACUGGCGGGCCACCACCAUUUUAGAACAGCUUUAGAAUAGUGAGGAUCUGGGCAAAAUAUCAAGGAGAUCAUUCCAAUAUGUUGGAAGUAAGAGGCAUAACAAACAUUCAUCUUUGACAGCAAAUUGUAUUGUAUAAAGUCAGUUUCCAAACAACCUCAGUACAUUUAAAAUUAGAGUCAAAUGCUAUUUUAUAAUAGUUAAAAAUGGCAAUGAACAAGAUAAGCUCUAAUUAAUUUCAUUUACCGACAGCAAUUUUGUCUUGUCCAGUAUUUAGGGUGGUAUCCAGUACUGUUCACCAACUGAUGAAAGGAAUCCAUUCACAGAAUAGGAGAGGGAGGCAACAUUUGGAGAUUCUCUAUCCACCCACGUUGCCUCUAAAUCUGCUCUGGAGGCCCCCCCCCAUCGCCCAGAAGGCUGGAAGGGAGGGAGAUUGCUGAAGAUUGUCUCGCUUCUCAUUCCACUGGCAGAUUCCAUCCAUCAGUAGAUUGAUUGUAUUAGAUGCCCUCCUUUACUGUUGCUUAAAUUUAUUGUGCUGCAUAGAUUUAAAGCUGUUCCAUAUCUAGUUCUUCCUCCACAGGAAGCUAAUUCCAAAGUUUAGCCAUUGUUGCCAUUUUAAAAGCAGGAAGAGAUUACUUGCUGCAAGAAACAUUUCUUGCCCCUGAAGUUACUGUAUUUCUCAAGUUUUGAGUUGUUCCCAUAUAUUAUCACAACAGUCCUUCAAUGUGUGUGCAGAAAGCCAGCUAACACUUGCUAAUCAUUUGCAAAGGAAAAACUUACCUGCUUGUACUACCCUCAAAUGCUUCCCUUCUCUUCAUAUCUUCAAGAACUCCUCAUUAUUUUUGUUGCUGUCCUACUUUUCCAGAAAGAAGCUCAUGUUCGGUUUAGUCUCUGUCUAAUCUUCUGAGUUACUGUUUUUCUAGGUUUAUCUUUCUUUGAUAUGAAAUCUUGUACAAUAUCUGGAUUUAAAUGGAUCUUAUCAGAUUGGGUUGUCUGCUGAGUUUUCAGGUUGCUGACUGCUCUAGCCUUACCUUGUUUUAUUUCUGACCGUGUGCUCUGCAAAUGGCAGGAUUGUUUUAGGCUUAGUUUUUAAAUAGUAAAGGUGAUUUCAGUUGUAUUUAACCCACACAUUUAGAACUCUGCUGACAGAGUUUGAACAAAAUGAAAAGUCAGCUGUUUCCCAAAGGCGUCACUUGCAGUUUGUUUAGUAUGGUGGAUCUUUGCAUGCCUUCACUUGUACCACAUAACAUGUGACCAGAGCCACACAUCUGUACACAUCAUAUACCCAACUGCUUUCAUUUUUCUCUUCUUUGAAGCAGAUCUAUCCUAGUAGAUGUUACAUGUAUAAUGAGGGCACACACAUAUGAUAGGAUUGCCAUAUUUCAAAAAGUGAAAAUGCAGACAAAAAAGUUGUUAAGCUUUUUUUUUGUUUUUGCUGAAGUUGCGUUGUUCUCCCCCACCCCCAAAUCUAAAUAAACAGAGAGGCUUCGAGCUCUUUUUAAUGAAAUUUGCCAAAAUCUCCCAUUUCCAACAUAGGCUGCCAUAUGUCUGGAUUUUCCCAGACAUUCCAGCAAUUUCUGCCCGGGCGCUGUUUAAUAGGGCCAAAUACCAGCUAUGUCUGGGAAAUUCCGGAUGUGUGGCAACCCUAACAUGAAUACCUAGCCCACCAUAUACUGGAAAUUUUCAGUUUCAUCAAUUUUUCAACUUGCUGAAAGUUUUAUAGUCUUUUCCCCUUUAAAAUAGUGACAGUUGAUACACUCUGUUAAUUUCCUGUCCUGAUCAAAGUGACAUCAGUCCUGCAUCAGAAUCUGGCAAGUGAGGUAGUGUGUGAAGAGGUCUUAAGGGGUAUUAUUAAAGGGACAAUUGCUUUUCUGAAAAAGAAAAUUGAAGGUGGAAAGAUAAACGGAACUGUGUCUCAACGUAGAAUGAACUAGUGUGAAACAAGAUCAGACAAUGUAUUAUGCUUUCCCUCAAACUGCAAAGGAGAAGAAUGAAAUCCCUGAGUCACAAAACAUAUUCAUAGUGACUCCUGUUCAAGAUUCUUGACAAAUUCUUAUGGCACCAUGUUCAGUAGUACUUCUGGAAUUGUUGAAUAUCUUCUCUGAAAGCAGGAGUAAACCACAAUCUCUAGAUCGUCUGUCAUCUUUUAGGGUUGCUAUCACAUCAGUACAUUAAAAAUUAAAGCUGGGACUCCUGGGUUGUAUGAUAGAGUAUUUAUAUUUACACUUAACUAAAUUCACUUUCAACUUGCUACUACUAUUCUGUACAGACCACUAAUGCUUGGAGAACAUUUGCUGUACUUCUGUCACUUUGCAUUUCUCUCAGGAAUUUGCUAUUGCAUUAAUAAAGUUCCUGCACGGAGCACACACCGCUGUGGUUCUCAAAAAAGGUUUAAUUUGUUUUUUGUGUCGUAGAGCACUAUUAAUCCUGUUGAUGCAAUAUAUCAACCUAGUCUAUUGGAAUCUUCAGUGAUCAGCGCAAUGCCUACCCAAACUGUCUUACCUUCAGGUAUAGUAUUUGUAAACUACUUGUGGAAAUGUUUGUUUCUGAAACUUAUGAAAAUGUAAUGUUUAGUACUAAUAGUAGAUACCCUCUUUCAGCUCAAAUGUGAUUUAUUUUAUAUGCACUUUCUCCCACUCCCCCCGCAUCCCUUUAUUUCUUACACACAUGCAUAAAAAUGUUAGGCUGCCGCCACACCAAUUCCAGCAUGAUGAACAGCAUGCAGACAGGCUAGCAGUGUGGGUGGCAGGUGACCCAAGGAAGCUGUUUAAUGAGGGAGGGGAGAUGCUCCACGAAGCAGUUUGGCUAAGCACCACCCCUUUAAAAGAGGAUGGGGCUUGGGGCAAGCGGUGAAGGGAUAGUUGAAGUGUAAAGGGAGGAAGGUUUGGUCAGGUGUGCGGGAGGGGGAGUUGGCAGGUACGUGGGGUUGUUGAGUGGAGCUGGCAAGGACAACCACCCCAGUAGAAUGCAUAUACAGUGGUACCUUGGUUCUCAAACUUAGUCCGACCCCCGAAACGGUUCAAAAACCAAGGCACGGCUUCCGAUUGGCUGCAGGAGCUUCCUGCACUCACAUCGGAAGCCGUGUCAGAUGUUCGGCUUCUGAAAAAUGUUCACAAACCAGAACACUGGUUUGUGGCGUUCGGAAACCAAGGUACCACUGUAUUCAUUGAAAGUGGUUGCAUAAAGGAUGUAGCUUAUAAGCUAUUUGUGCUGUACUGUGCUGUUGCUUUGUAAAUGAGCUAACUUUAUUCUCUGUGCUGAAAUAUAUUUGACUCUUUCCUCUUGUACUCAAAUUAAAUGAUUUCUUUUUACAAGUGGUGUUUUUAUAAUCAGUUCACAUAGUAGUGUGUUUGCAUUCCCUAUCUUCAUUGCCUGUUCUUUGCAUUAAAGAUACUCAACUAAACUAGGAAUGUGGAAGAGCAGUGAGCCUUCAUCUUCCCACAUGGAGAGUAGAACAGCAGAAUACAUUCUGUGCCUAGGAUGAUGCCAUGAAUACGUCAGGAUUUUUGCUUACACCAUUUCACUUGUCACUUUGUAAUAACUUUUAGAGCCAACCCAGCUUUGCAAAUCAGAGCAGCGACCUUCAUCCUUGGCAGUUGGACCAGUUGUAGCAUUAAUUGGAAGUCACCAGACUCCAACACCAAAUAGUACAGGUAUAGCACAAAUUCUUAUCUUGUUUCAAAAUACACUCUCACAGUUUGGUGGGAGUGGGGCGCCUGUGGACCUCCAGAUGUUGCUGGAGUACAACCCCCAUCCUUUCUGACCAUUGGCCAUUCUCUCUGGAACAGAUGGGUGUUGUAGUACCGCAACAUCAGGAUUUGAAUGGUACCCCUUUUCACGAUGCACAUGCUUUAUUGGUGAUUUCAUAGGCUCCCACUAUUUCCAAGUGGAUGGAAUAAAACCCUGGUGAUGUUCUAGACCAAAGUGGCUAACCUGGUGCCCUCCAGACAUUGCUGGACUCGAACUCCUAUCCGCCCCAACCUGCACCAAUCAGGAAUGCUGGUUGGUGUGUGCUGGUUGGGAGAGACAUGCCUUACAUCCAAUCACCUCUGUUACAGGUCUCUUCCAUUCCUUUGAUUGUUGUCGUUACUUUUAAAAAAGAUACUGUGUUUAGAUCUAUUUAUAAAUCAUUAUUGAUCUCGUACUUCCUGAGCUAAUAAAAGUUCAGCUACUUAUGUUUUGUUUGAAAACAACAAACUGUUUUUUUUUUACAUUUAUACUCAUAAUCGUUACAGGAAGUGGCCAGUCAGCACCUAGCAGCAGUUUAACUUCUCCGAGCCAUGCCAAUAUUUCUCCAAAUACAGUUCCAGAUUUCUCUUACUCCAGCAGUGAAGAUGAAUUUUAUGAUGCUGAUGAAUUCUAUCAAAGCAGCUCAUCCCCAAAGAGAUGUUUGGAGUAAGUAAUGGGAAGCCUACGAACACUGUUUUCCCUUGAGAACUGUCAAAGUCGGUACAUAUACUGACCACAUUCCAUGCAUGUAGCAGAAAUCAUUAGGACAGUGGGCAGUGCUCAGUGAUGUCCUUCUGCUUGCACAACAGGACUUAUGGUUUCUUACCUCACUCCUGCAGCUCCCUCUGCACACUCAAAAUCUGUUCCACAGGAUCCCCAGACCCUCCAGAGCAGAUUUUAAGAGGGUGCAGGGGAGCAAGAAAGGAAAGAUAAGCUUUAUUGUACAAGUGGGCAACAGAUCAAACUGUGUUGGAUCUAACCCAAGAUUAUUACUCCACUUUCUCACUUUCUUAAAAAUACAAAUUAAGAACAAUUCCGAUUUUAAAAAUUCAUACUGUGAAUGAAGCAACUAUAAUGUGCCAACAUUAUGCCCUGCGUGGAUAUGAAAAUUGCACAAAUUCUUAUAGAAGCUAAUGGAAAUUGACGUUUUAUUCAUGAGCUGCUGUGUGGUGCACAGAGGUGUUCCUCAGUUCAUAGACCUCAGCCAUCAACUAAGUAGUGAGUUGCCCUUAGCCAUCUAGCCUUUAAACUCUGCUAAAUCUGACCCACCAUAUACAGGCCUCAUUUGGCCUGGCGGGUGUCCUAAUUUGCUCAACAGUUCCUCCCACACCUGAUGUCAAAUGUAAUGGCUGGCAAAAACAAAGCUGCAAAGGAACCAGUUGAGAGUCUUAAGAGUGCUCCUGGCAGGCAGAGUUUUGAUUUGGUGCCCUUUAAAUUUGGUGACAAAUACAGGCUUCACUGGGAUUGGUUCCACUUGGGAACUCCUGAGGGCGUCCCUGCCAAAAGUAGGGGUUCCAAUCAGCACAAAGUACAACUCCCACUGCAGGUGUUUUCCUUGUAAGGAAAGAAUCAGUGCACUUUGAGUGUGCUCCAGUUUUUUUCCUUUGUAGUUGGGCCACUGUGAUGUCAGGCAGUUGACCUGCCUGUCAAAGUGACCAACAACAUAGAGUAAUGGCGGGUAAAUUCUGAUAAUAUAUGUAAAGAAGUUUUAUUUAUAAGUUAAGGAAGUGGAAGGCUGCUGAACACAACAGAGGUUUCCUUUUCUACCCACUCCAACCACCUGUGUUCCCUGAAAAGCCUGUCUUGUGGGUCAGCAGACUCUUGGAGGCUUAACCUCUGGCUACAAUCCUUAAAUCUUUUAAAAUGCUAAAUGAAAGUGAACUAUUGGCCUUCCUUUGAUCUCUUUUCCAUACCUUAAAGCUGCUCUUUAUCUGCCCUGGAAUUUACUGUUUAUCAGCCAUUCCCCAAGUGUGGGAGUUCUUCACAUCCUUAUCGUGUUUGUAAAGGUCUAAAAUGCUUUGUAUCUUUCUGUAGGUCUUCAGGGCCUGGGGCAAUCCUAACUCGUAGCAGCACAGGAAGUAGUAUGAAGCGCCCAGACACAACAGAGUCCCUCAAUUCUUCCAUGUCUAAUGGGACAAAUGAUGCUGGUAAGAGAAGCUCACAAACCAUCCAGGACCCCAACAGCACUUUGCUACAAAUUGCAGCAUGUAUAGAUACUACAAAAGACUCCUUUUUCUUCUCUAUGCUAAGUAGCGAGGAUAAAUCAAUCUUUAUCUGCAUGCUUGCUUUCAAUAUCUGUGCUAUUGUGAAGGCGGAAAAACAAUGUUUGCCUAUCUUGGCGUAUUAGAUAAGGUGUGGGGAACCUUCCCCCACUUGGGCCCAGAGCCCUUGUUUUCUCUCCCUCUUUCUGCCGCCUUCUUCCUCAUUUUCUCUCACACACAUGAAAUUAAGGCAAACAGGUUCCCCACCCCUUAAUUAGAUUUUAAUUAUUUGAAUGUUUUCUACUUCUUCAGUAAAGCAUGUGUUGAAUGCAGUUUAUUAUUACAGAUCUGUUUGAUCCCCUCGACGAUAGAGAUGACGAUAAUGAAGGAGAGUCUGUGGAAGAACACAAGAGCGUUAUCAUGCAUCUUUUGUCACAAGUUAGGUUAGGAAUGGACUUAACCAAGGUAAGAGUCAAAAGGAGGUUCAUGGAGUUUGAGCAGUUAGUGGCUUUAAUUGCUUUGAGUGCAAGAGUAUUCCGUCAUCAAAUAAAUCAAUUUUGCAUCUCCUCUAUCCCAAAUCCUAACUAUGAUUGUUGAAUCUGCAUGUGUUAAACCUGCACAAACUUGUUUGUAAGUAAUCUCUUCAAUGGCAUGGAUCGUUACAUGCUCAAAUUCAACACAGGGUGGCAUCUAGUUGCUGCACUCUUACAAUGAUAUUUGCACAAGAUGUGCUGUCCACACUGCAGCCCAAAGCUCUCCCUCUCCUAAGGGCUCCUGACUUUAGGGGGAGCGUGCCAUAGAACAGCCCUAGUUGCUUCAGCAUUUAAUGUUAGGCCUGUUUCAGUCUCAUUGAAAUUAAUUUGACUGGAGCAUUGAACUUGAUUUCAUGGAGACUUAAUCUUAUGGUUUUUUAUUGAUCUCAUUCACAUGUGAUAGUAAGUCAUAGUCUUAAAAAAACUCACAAGUAAUAAGUAAAGAAUUUUAAUACGAAAUUCAAAAAUUACAAGGAGCAAGCCUUGGUUUCUGCUCAUGGUGAGUGCUGGUUUUUUAGUAAUGCUAAGCCAGUUACCUGGCUGGCUUACCAAUACAUACUGAAGAGCAAAUCAUGCCCGAUUGAGCAUCAUGUUCAUUCUUUAUUGCCUUUAAACUGAGAUGAGUAGUGAUUUCUCACAUCUCCAAACACGUGAAAUGAAUAGAGUUUCCAAUGUUGUUUCUGUUUUGGAUUAUCCCCCAUGCUCAACAUUCUGGGCUGUUCUUUUAAUAAACAAUAUUGGGCACAUAAUAGGUUCCUUCUUUUGCAAUAGGCUGAUCACAAACCAGAAGUAUAUUAUGUCCCUCCUUUUAAAGUUUCUUGGAUGUAUUGUGUAAAAUAAUAAUAAUAAUCCUGUACUGGAAAGCUUAGUGGAAAGGACCAUCUGUUUUUUAACGAAGUGUGGUACCAGCAGUAAGUGCUGACCCUUACAAAUGUCAAAUUAUGCUUAAGCAGUUUUGAGCAGCGUUAAGACUUAAGUGUUUUUUAGAUAAUCAAAUGCUUAAGAGUCUUGUGUGUUUCUUCCCUCAGGUGGUUCUUCCAACUUUUAUUUUGGAAAGAAGAUCACUUUUAGAAAUGUAUGCAGACUUCUUUGCACAUCCAGACUUAUUUGUAAGGUAUUCUCAAUUUUGUUUUCAUACAGCUUAUAUAUCUGCAGUAGUGCAAGCUCCACUUCAGUGGAUGCAUUUUUGUCUAAGGACCAUGAUCUAAUUUGAACAUAUACAUGAUUUGCUGCCUACUUGUUAGGCAGAUCCAGCUGCCUCUAGCAAUACAGUCGUACCUCCGGUUAAGUACUUAAUUCGUUCUGGAGGUCUGUUCUUAACCUGAAACUGUUCUUAACCUGAAGCACCACUUUAGCUAAUGGGGCCUCCUGCUGCUGCUGUGCCGCCGCUGCACGAUUUCUGUUCUCAUCCUGAAGCAAAAUUCUUAACCCGAGGUACUAUUUCUGGGUUAGUGGAGUCUGUAACCUGAAGCGUAUGUAACCCGAGGUACCACUGUAUUGGGACUGAAACUGGGCAGCUAGUUUUACAUUGCUGGCAAAGCAUUUUAUCUUACAGGUAGGAAUGGUAAGGACUUUUAUGUGUAGCUAAACCAUCAGUUAGAUUUUUUUCUCUCAGCUCGGUUUUAAACAUCUUGAAUAACUUUUUUGUGGUUUCAGUUUUUUUUUAAAAUAUCUUUUGUUAUCCUAUUAUGUCUUCUCUAGUAUCAGUGACCAAAAAGAUCCAAAGGACCGAAUGGUUCAGGUGGUAAAGUGGUACCUCUCAGCUUUCCAUGCAGGAAGAAAAGGGUCUGUUGCUAAAAAGCCUUACAAUCCCAUCCUGGGAGAAAUAUUCCGGUGUCACUGGGUGCUGCCAAGUGUGGAACAAGAAGAAACUACGGUUAGUAAAAAUUACUUAACAGCUUGUUUACAAAAUGCAACUUUUUUUAAUCUCAGCCAUUUCAUAGGAGCUUUAACUCUCAUUUCCAUUUUGUUGAGAGGAAGGGACAGUUCACCUUUUUUAAGUUCAAGGUGCCUUGAACAACCCAGAGCUUGAGAAAUUUAUUUUUUCUUAUUCAGUGUCAGACCUCAUUCUGUCUCAUACUGUGCCAUCUGUCUUCUGAUCACUUUCUCAGGAUAUAUUUCUAAGUAAUUUGUCUAGCAUUUAGUUCAUGUAUUUAUUACAGUUAUAUUCCACGUUUCCUCCAGGCAGCUCUAGACUACAUACAUGUUUUCCCCCCUCCCAUGUUAUCCUCACAACCCUGUGAGAUAGAAUAGUGACUGGCCCGUGGUUACCCACUGAGCUUCAUGGUUGAGUGAAUAUUUGAAUCUAGGGCUCCCAGAGUUACAUCAUACUUUAUUGACCUAUGCGGCCUAGGACCCUUGUACCUACGGGACCGCCUCUCCUGGUAUGCCCCACAGAGGACCUUAAGGUCCACAAAUAACAACACUUUGGAGGUCCCAAGCCGCACAGUGGUUAGAUUGGUCUCAACUAAGGCCAGGGCCUUUUCAGUACUGGCCCCGACUUGGUGGAACGCUCUGUCACAAGAGACUAGGGCCCUGCGGGACUUGACAUCUUUCCGCAGGGCAUGCAAGACAGAGCUGUUCCGCCUGGCCUUUGGUUUGGACUCAGUCUGAUCCUUAUGUUUUUGAUUUAUGGGCUACUAUUAAAAUGAGGCUGCAUUUUAAAUUGUAUUUUAACCCGUAUUUUAAUAAACUGGUUCCCCCCCCCCCAUUAUGUUUUAUUGUAAUUUUAUUGGUGAUAGCCGCCCUGAGCUUGGCUCUGGCCCGGGAGGGCAGGGUAUAAAUAAAAAUAUUAUUAUUAUUAUUAUUAUUAUUAUUAUUAUUAUUAUUAUUAUGGCUUUGGUGAUAAUGUGAGCUAGCUCUUACAAUGGGUUUAUUUUUCUUCCCUUCCAUCUGGGACCACUUAUUUGACUUGAUCACCAUCCUUGUCUAAUACAUGGGGGACUUGUAGAUAGCAUUGAGGGCCUUUCCAGACUAGUUUGAUUCACAUUGUUCAUUUUAGGGGAGAGCACAUUUUCUAAAUGAUACUUUAUAUGUGGGCAAAUGCAAUGACUUUUCCUAGUUGGUGCAUCUAAUCUGAGAGUAAAUUUUGUGGAACAAAGUUUGUCCACCACUGAAUGAUGCCUUCUAAUCCUAUGCAGACAUUUCCCACACCACACAUGGUAUUUGACCUGGAAUGCUCAGGCCCGCCUCUCUUGUCAUACACAUAGAUGCUGAUUACAUAGACCAUAUCCAUGUCUACACAUCAUGCUGUAGUGCACUUCCUCUACUGUGCAAGUCAUACUGUGUUCCCAGAUUUAUUUCGCAGUCUCUUCCUAUCUUCCUAUCGCAGCCUCUUCAAAUCAUGCACAUCCUAGGUAAUAGCAUACAUUGUGCCCUUGUGUAUUUUACCCUUUAUUCUGUGCAUCCUUGGAAGAUUUAGGUAGGGAACACAUCUGAAUACCUCGGUAUACGUGUUAAAAAGACUGUAUAUCAUGUAACAUUGGAAUACGUCUUUCUAGGAAACUCUGGCAGAUGGACCACUUCCAUGGGUUACUCAAAACAGUGUAACGUUUGUAGCGGAACAAGUUUCUCACCAUCCUCCAAGUAAGUGAAGAAGCCUAUUGCAGAUUUUUAAAACCUCUGUUUUAAUGCUGGUGUUUAGUCAGUGUUAGGCUUUGCUGCUGAUUUUUUACUUGGGAAGUAAAUAAUAAAUAUCAAUUUGUGCUUUGCAGGUGUUUUAGCCUGAAUUUAUUGCUUUAUCGUUUACCAUUUCUUUCUGUCCUUAAGUUUCAGCAUUUUAUGCAGAAUGCUCUAGCAAGAAAAUACAGUUCAAUGCCCACAUCUGGACUAAGUCAAAGUUCCUGGGAAUGUCUAUUGGCGUUCAUAAUAUAGGCCAAGGUAUGUCACAGAAAUGUGCAUCUACUUCCUGAUUCUCUAAAUUAAUGUAUUUAUGAGAAAGUAUUUGAUGAAUUAUUUUUUCACACUGGAUAACAUUUCUCAUUGAAGGCUGGUGGCAAUCACAGCAGUAGCCACAAACCAAUACAGAAUCCUUUGGGUCUUGCUUUUCAUUAUAAAAAAGGUCUCACUGUAUACUGAUUGCCUGCAGCAAUGUUUGCAAAGGCUCCAGCCCAUCCUGAUGCCAUGUAUUUUUGGCCUUAAGUCCACAAGGCAUCAACUGACCCAAGAGAACUGAAGUCACAAUAUGACUGGCAUUAACUAUGGGGCACAUAAUUCAGCAUGUGUAUUAUCUGUAGAAGAUCCCCAUUUCCAGUUUUAAGGGGGAAGGGAACCACUUGGGCUGCAGGGAUUAAAAAGUCGUCUGCCCAGACCUCAUAGAGUGCAGCUGCUGCAAUCGAUAAUACUGAAUGUAUGGCUGUUUAUUUGUUGCACUGUCUUGUAUGUUUGUUCUUAAAACAUGGCAGCAGAGCAAAAAGUAAUGGGGCAAACAGGAAAUAGAUUUAUUGGACCUUCGGGGGGGGGGAGAAUUCAGAGAACAAUGAUUAAAGAUUCAGAUAUGCUGCCGUUUCUUUUCAUUAUGCUAUCAUAAAUUAAGGACUACAAAGGUGGUGCGAGAGGGAACUGUGAAAUGCCCAAAACAUUUCAAGGGGCAGGAGCAUAGGUUCUCUUUUCUGGUUCCAUUGGCUUAGUUCUUGCAGCCAAGAUUUUCAUGGCAUUUUUAUUCUUCUGUGGUCCUUUGUCAUCUUAUUUCAUAUGAAAAUACUGUCUUAUUCUCAAAAUGCCCUAUUCUCUUGCAGGGUGUGUAUCAUGCCUAGAUUAUGACGAGCACUAUAUUCUAACAUUCCCCAAUGGUUACGGGAGGUAAGCGACUUCACACUUUUCGGCAAUUUAUUUUAUGAUAGCAAAUGUUUCUUUUUCUAACUCUUUAAGGGCAUCUUCUGUUACCUUGACAGAUCUAUUCUCACAGUGCCAUGGAUAGAGCUGGGAGGAGAAUGCAACAUUAGCUGCUCCAAGACAGGCUAUAAUGCUACCAUAAUCUUCCACACGAAACCUUUCUAUGGUGGGAAAAAGCACAGAGUUACAGCAGAAAUCUUGUAAGUAUAUUCAGGGGUUUUAAGCAACAAACCCAUUUCAUACUUCUGGUAGCAAGAGAAUAAGACACAAGACAGGAAGUAGAGCUACUGGCAGCUUAAGCCAGUGCUUUGGACAGGUACUCAUCUUGUUUUAUAAUUAUGAAUACUAUUAGUAGUGAUGGAUCCUGUUUUUUAUCUUUUCUUUUAGUUCUCCUAAUGACAAGAAAUCUUUCUGUUCAGUUGAAGGAGAAUGGAAUGGUGUCAUGUAUGCCAAACAUGCAACUGGGGUAAAUCAUCCCUUUUUCUGUUUUGUUUAAAUCAGUAGGCUAGACUAGUGGCACUCAAAGAAAAUACUGAUUAUCCAAAGCAUGUCAUCUGAAUUCCUUUUCCUGUUAGUAGUAAAUUGGCUUCAGCCCAAAAACCUUUUAAUGGAUUUAACAUCCCAGGGGGCCACCGAGUGAAUUGUGCUUCUUGCAGAUUGAGGCUCAGCAUAUUUGGGGGCUGAUAUUGAUGCUAGACCAUGGCAGCUGACGGCAUCUCUGCUGUGAAAUUUAAUUGUGCCAGAGAAAUUUUGCAAAACUUAAUGAUAAAUAAAACCUAGAUGGUGAACAAAUUGAAAAAUAUAAACAAUAAUAGUGCUAUUCUUUCUUUAGGAGAAUGUAGUCUUUAUAGAUACCAAGAAAAUGCCUAUCAUUAAGAAGAAAGUAAGAAAACUAGAAGAUCAAGAAGAAUACGAAUCCCGCUGGUAAGCAUAACUCUUCUUCCUCCCUACUAAAACCCAGACCUUCAGGUAAAUAGAGGUUAGUGGCCUGUAUCUUGCCAGCACAAUUUCCCUCACGUGACACUCCUACUAGAAUUAGCAGGGAGGGGAAGGUGGUGUGUUUGCAGACUCCUCCUUCCACCUAGGUCCCCUGAAAACAGGAGUGGGGCAGGGGACUGGUUACAGAGGAAUCACCAAAAUGUUUCUCCCUUCCUCCUGCAAUAGCCUCUGCUGGAUCUGUCUUUUCUGUAAAUGGGAUCCCUUAUAUUUGCAGAAGAGACUCUGGGUCUCAUAAAUCUAAUUUGCUUGAAAUUAAAUAUCAGUAACUUCACCUCUAUAUUUUGAUAGAACAAGUGCAUUGUUUAGCUGUAUUAUGUGAAAAAAAUCUACUUUCACAUACUAGGAAAUAAAUCAUUUAUUUAUUGCAUAUAACGUGGAUUAUGAGCAGUAACAUGGGAUGAAUGUCAGUCAUCAAGGGUUUGAAACAAAAUUGGCCACCUGCCUAUUUAUCUUCCUUCAUGGAUGAUUUCCCCCUCAUCUUAGUUUAAAAUAUUUCUCCUGAACCCGCGAUAAGAAAUGAGUUUUGUAUCAUGAUGUAUAAAUAUUCUUAUUUUUUUAGCUUAUGGAAAGAUGUAACUUACAACUUAAAGAUCAGAGACAUUGAUUCAGCUACUGAAGCAAAGCAUAGGCUUGAAGAAAGACAAAGAGCUGAAGCCAGAGCCAGAAAGGAGAAAGAGAUUCCAUGGGAGACACGGGUACGUUUUACUCAAUAAUCAGUACCUUUGUAAAUCUCCCUGUAGAGAGCCAGUGUGGUGUAGUGGUUAAGAGCGGUAGUCACGUAAUCUGGGGAACCGGGUUCGCGUCUCUGCUCCUCCACAUGCAGCUGCUGGGUGACCUUGGGCCAGUCACACUUCUUUGAAGUCUCUCAGCCCCACUCACCUCACAGAGUGUUUGUUGUGGGGGAGGAAGGGAAAGGAGAUUGUUAGCCGCUUUGAGACUCCUGGAGGGGAGUGAAAGGCGGGAUAUCAAAUCCAAACUCUUCUCCUUCUUCUUCUUCUUCCCUGUUCCUCCUGUGACACUAUUAAUUGAGUACUCUUCUCUUCCAGCUAUUCCAUGAAGAUGGCGAAUGCUGGGUUUAUGAUGAACCACUACUCAAGCGACUUGCUGCCAGUAAAUAUUAAGUGGACCACCAUGAAGUUGAAGCCUUGGCUUAGUGGCGAUAGUUGUAACUUUCAAGUACUCUUCUUUUGGAGAGCCUGUCUCCUCCAGUUACAGUUCCUAUCUCAGGGAUACUGGAUUCACUGAUGCAGCGAACAAUUAAAACAGGAAGAGCCUUGACUGUGUAGCAGUAAUUUAUAUUGGCCUUUCCUGUCUGACCUCCCAUGCUUCUAGAAGAAUUAACCUGGGCUUGAUCCCCAUCAUAUAUGUUUUAACCACUGCUGUAAAAGGUGCAAUGGGGCAUUUGAUUCCAGUUACAUAUGAUUCUGGCAUCCUACAAAUACAUGACUUUAUUUCAUUAGAGCCAGUUAAUUUGUGUAAAUAUGAGGAUUCAUUCUGCCAGUUUAGAAAACGCAAGAUUCUAAUCUACCAACUGGUAUGUUUUGGGUUUUUUAAAGAAAUCAUUUUUUUGGCAUUUCAUUGUUUCCCCAAAAUAACUUUGGUAUUUUUAGAAACUAAAAUGUAAUUUUAGAUUACCAUUUGGUUCCUGCUGGUGCAUCUAUAAUGCUUCAUAAAAUAGAUUUUCAAUUGUAUGCAUUGUUUUAUUCCAGAGUAAACCUUUUCACAGCAAGAAUGCUUUGAAAGAGCAUUAUAUUCAAGUUAAACAAUGCUAAGAAUGUGUUUUGCUGUUAAACAGGGAUAUACUCAUAUGCACUUGAAAAUACCCAGGGCAGUAUGAGAUACAAGCAAACAAAAGCAACCUCUUAUAUAUAUGGUUGUCAUCUGAAAUAUGAUUACAAACACAAUCUAAGUAACCAGGUUCUUCUGUUCAGCAGUGCUAGUAGUUCAGAAGAUGGUUGGUCACAAUUUGACCCAAGCACUUGUGUUGAAACCAAUUUUACUGCAUUCCUGUUUCUGCUAAUUGCGUUGAGCGCAGUCGGCUGGCUUUUACUGGCCUCUCUUUUUCCUUUCGCCUUCUAGACUGGUAACUAGACUUGGCCAGAAACAUUAUAUAGGCAAUAAUAGGCAAAACAUAAAUGCUCUGGUAGGGUGACCAACCUAUCUAAGACCAGUUAUGAUUAAAUAGCAAAAAAAACAAAACCCUACUGCUUUAAUAUGUGCUGUAUCCAGAAUCAAGGUAAUCUGAGUGACUUGUGCUUUUACUCUGGUGCUGCAGCUGCCUAAUACCCACUGUAGAAUCACUAUUGAAAACUCCUGUAGUACUGGGACAAAUGUAUAGAGUCAGUGUUUCCCUAAUGAGACAGUCUGUGAGUGCAACAGGCUGAGUUAGCUAGGUGAGAUGCAUAAGAGCUGAUUUGAGUAGGAAAGCUGGGUGAAGCAAGCUGAUUAAGAGUUGUCAUGGGUUGCUCUUAAAUUGUGUGCAAAAUCACUGCCUCAUUUUAUAGUCUUUGUAUAAUGGGGCUAUAUAGCAUAUGCAAGCUUGUGUUUUGGGUUUAGCAGAUUCUCUGAGGUGGGGUGGAGCCAGACAACCCCUACUCUGCACUGAAAAUAGGUGGUAGGGUUAUUUGAGGCAUCACUUCCUUCUGUCCGGUUGCUUACUGUUGUCUACUGAAGGAUGGGGACUGACUAGGUAAGAAGGUGUACAUUACUUUGCCUAUAGAGCCUCUAGCCUGCCCUAGGCACCCUAUCCCACCCAUUCUCUCAGUACAGAAUGGGCUGUCUUGAGUUCUCCUUUCCCUCAAAAACUCAGUAGAACUGUCUGGCUUGUUUUGGUCUUUGUAAAGCUUUAUAUGACAAACUGUUACCCACAGGAGAAUGCACAUUUGAAUGUGUCCCAUUGCAGGUAAUGAGUUUAGAAAAUGAUCUAUGGGGCCUGAGCUGUUUAUAUAGGGAGGGUCUUGUGAGCUGAAGUAGGCUGUCUUCCAAACUUGUUAUCAAAUUAACAGCACUGCAUUUCCUUCAACAAGGGCUACACUUUCUAAAAUUAAAGUUAAUGCAAAGUU